CAGGAAUCUUUACAACAGUUGGUUAUGAUGACUCUGCCAAACGUUUUAGUUAUUGGAAAAAAUCCAUUUUCUGGUGAGUAACUUAAUAUAUUUCCUGUAUUUCAGUAAUUUACAAACCAGCUUAGUUUGCUACAUUUGGAGGUCACUUGAGAAAUAUUAAUGUGUUCUUAUAGGUUCUGCACAUGGUAUAAUUACCUUUUUCAGACAAUAUGUAAGAAGUCUGAUAAAUUCAUUAUACUUCGCCAAAGUACAACUUUUUUGUAGAUUUUCUUUGAAAGGGAUACCAUAAGCACCCAAACAUUGGAGCGGUUUUAGGGUAUAGAGCAUGCUACUGCAGUCUCACUGUUCAAUUCUCUGCUAUUUAGAGGUUAAACCACUUUUUUUAUACAGCCAUAGUCACACCUACCAUGCAUGUGACCUACACAGUCUCCAUAACAGAUUUAAUGUAAAUAGAGAGCUAAUGUUUAAACUUCAUUUAUUGCACAGUCUGUUUAAUUUAGAAUUUCUUACCUCAUGGUCUGUUAAUAGCGUGCUAGAGCCUGCAGGAGACUUGUGUGAUUUGAAGUUCAAUUAAAAGAGCAGGAGAUAAAAACUUCUAAAUGAAACACAAUGUGCUGUAACAUCUAAUAGAACAUUUAACCGAUUGGACAGCACUAUGGAAUUUGCUGGCACUAUAUAAAAAAAUAAUAAUGUAUGCUGUGUGACUCCGCAGCCAUGGGAGCUGUGACUCAGGCUGCUUAAACAGAAACAAAAGUGAUCUACUCCUAAAUGACAGAGAAGUGAGCAGUGAGACUGCAGCAGCAUGAUCUAUACCAUGGGUAGGCACGCUUUUAGUAGUAUUGUGCCAAAACAAAAUCUUGAAGUUCCUUGGCGUCCCAGUCCUAUUUUUUUCCUUUUCAGUUGAGGUCUGUAUGUUGCCGUACUCUGCUUGUGUUAUUUCUUGGUGCUGCAGUUGCUUUAUAGCAUAGUAUUUGUGCGUAUGUGGGCUGUUGUUAUAUUGUAUAUGUUCAUGAGUAAUUUGUGGUAUACUAUCUAUGAAGGUGGGCUGUGUUUGGGGGCUGCAUGUGAAAUUGUCACAUAGUGUGUUUGGUGUGUGUGUAUUUGUGGGGCUGCUUGUGGUAUUGCAUGAGGCUGCUUGUGGGGUUGUGUGCAUGUACGUGGAUUGUCAGUGGUGUUGUGUUUGUAGGGACUGUGUGUGUGUGUGUGUGUGUUUUGUUUCUGAGCUAUUUGUAUUAUUCGUAGAUCUGUGUAUAUCUAGAAGUGUUGGUGACUUCCCUGAGGUCCAGUAGGGACCGGGCUAGCCAGGUACAGGUCAAGGACAGGAGCAGCGAUAACUGCUACAGGCUGUUCUACUCCAGUGCAGAUUCCCGUUCACAAGUGCUGCAAUCUGUAAAUUGCGGGUUGUCCCUCACCACCUGCAAUCAUAGCUCAGUUCGCACUAGCAGAUAUUUGAAGUCCUGCUGGGAUUCCUGAUAUGCCUGAACCUGUUUGUCUCUGGCAGCGUUGAGUGCUGUGCAAAUGCACCUCGAGUGCCAUGUAUGACAUAUGUGCCAUAGGUUGCUGACCGCUCUACACACUAAAACUGCUUCAUUAAAGAAACACUAUUGGGGUAGGAAUACAAAUGUGUAUUCCUCACCUUAUAGUGUUAAAAACAUAGAAACAUAGAAUGUGAUGGCAGAUAAGAACCAUUCGGCCCAUCUAGUCGCCCAAUUUUCUAAAUACUUUCAUUAGUCCCUAAUCUUAUCUUAUAGUUAGGAUAGCCUUAUGCCUAUCCCACGCAUGCUUAAACUCCUUUACUGUGUUAACCUCUACCACUUCAGCUGGAAGGCUAUUCCAUGCAUCCACUACCCUCUCAGUAAAGUAAUACUUCCUGAUAUUAUUUUUAAACCUUUGUCCCUCUAAUUUAAGACUAUGUCCUCUUGUUGUGGUAGUUUUUCUUCUUUUAAAUAUAGUCUCCUCCUUUACUGUGUUGAUUCCCUUUAUGUAUUUAAAUGUUUCUAUCAUAUCCCCCCUGUCUCGUCUUUCCUCCAAGCUAUACAUGUUAAGAUCCUUUAACCUUUCCUGGUAAGUUUUAUCCCGCAAACCAUGAACCAAUUUAGUAGCCCUUCUCUGAACUCUCUCUAUAAAGUAUCAAUAUCCUGCUGAAGAUACGGUCUCCAGUACUGCAUACAAUACUCAAAGUGUUCUGUACAAUGGCAUGAGCACUUCCCUCUUUCUACUGCUAAUACCUCUCCAUAUACAACCAAGCAUUCUGCUAGCAUUUCCUGCUGCUUUAUUACAUUGUCUGCCUACCUUUAAGUCAUCAGAAAUAAUCACAUUUGUUAGGUGACCGCUUGUUCCCCUCCCUUUACCCUUCUUAAAUAAGUAGUUUGCUUACCUUUAUUCCUGUGCUGUAUGGAUUUGCUGGCGCUAACCUCACCCUUGAUCUGCCCCCUUGGCAGAGAUCAUCAGAAUUGAUAAUCUCUGCCAAUCCAAUGCUUUCCCAUGGGAAAUUAAUGCAUCCCUAUGAAGAAAGUUUGGCAUAUCCAUGCAGAGCAUGGAGACUUUGACUGACACAGGAAGCACAUCUAUUGGCUGUCUGAGUGACAGCACCUGGAGGUGUCCCUAAGGAGCAAUGUAAACACUGUCUUUUCUCUGACAAGCAAUGUUUACAGCAAAAGGUCUGCAGGUACUGACUGUACUCACCAGAACAACUACAUUAAGCUGUAGUUGUUCUGGUGACUCUAGUGUCCCUUUAAGCUAAAGUUGUUUUGGUGCCAAGGCUGUCCCUUUAAUAUAAACAAAGUUCCAAUGUGUUUUGUUUUACAUUUUUAAAUAUACAUUUCAUUAAUAAUACUCUUCCAGCUUUUAAAAAACUGCCUUUAAAAUAAUGCAGAUACCUUAAAAUAGUAAGUAGACAAUAUCUAGCCCCUUAGAUUGCAGCAAGGUAAAUCAUAAUAUGACAAUGUCAUAAUCCAGUCCAUACAACCAGUCAUAUCCUAAGACAUAGGAUAUCCUGAGGAGGUAAUAUUGGGGAAAUCAUCUGCCUAUCUUUAUAGACCUAAACACAUUUUUGUUUUCUUCUAUUCCUUUCCUCAUCAAUUUGUCCAUUUAUAUUAUCUGGAAUUCCCAUUUCUCAUCUCACACAGUUCUAUUAUUUUUUUUUGUUUGUUUCCUUCUGCCUUUUGUUUAUUUUAUAUUUUUUGCAGCCCCCAGUCCGUUUCUUCUUCCUUUUUUUUUUUUUUCAAUUUUUAUCUUUAGUCCCUUUUGUUGACAUUGUUCAAGUUGUGUUACUUCUUUCUUCCUGUCUUCUGUCCCUCAUCUGAUUCUUCUUGCAUCCCCCACUGAGUCUGCGACCCUUUUCCCCGGUCCUUCUUGUACUCCCCUGUCCUGUGUGUGACCCCUAUUCUAUGUCUCUUUUUAACUCCUUUCCGGUUUGCCACUUUCACAGUCUUCCCUCUCAUGGCCCCAUUAUAACCCCAAACCUCUUCUUCCCCCACUUUGUACAUUACCACCCGGUGCCUCAUUGAGGUCUUUCUUCUGUGUGAGGAUUUUCUCUUUAUUUGUCCAUAGCGUAGCCUCCUAGAGAUGCUCGGUAAAAUGUGAUUCUUUAUGCGUACAGAUGUUGCUGAUAACAACAUGCAAGAUGAAAUACCGUAUUUAGUAUCACUCUCCUUGAUUAAAUUUGAAAUGUCAGUCACAGUUUUAUUCUGUCGUUGUCCUUGGCAACUGUGAUGAUGCUGCAUCCUCUGGUAUCAUAUGUUCACUGAUUGUAUCAAAUGAUGGUUUUAAAGAGUGUUAAUGAAACAAUGUGCUCCAAAUACAAUUCCUCUGACUAGUGGGCUUAGUCCGGAAUCCAAUCACGGCUAUAUGAGUGUCAGGACAAUGACCAAGAUUUUUUUAACAGAGAGAAUAAAUCAUUGGAGAUACAAUUUUUAAAAAACCUAUUUAAAAAGUUACUUCUAAAAUAUAGAUUUCUUUAUAUUUGGCAGAACAAGCUACGGAAGAAGUGAAGAGACUUCUCCUCCUAAUGCUGGGUUGUGCAGUACAGGUAAGUUUAUUAACUUUUAAAUCUUCAAUUAAUUUUACAAUUACAAAUGAUCUAGAUGUGAUCAUUUGUUUUAAUAAGCUCAUUGCACAUAAUUAAACUAUGAGCGAGAGAAAUAUGAGCCUGUGAUCAUAGCUAGGGGACACACCCCGUUGUUUCCCAGUACAAAGGGUUAACCAUCUAGAACAUCCAGGACAACAAUCUGUGCAUGUCUGCAUAAAGGGUUAAUCAUCAUGGAAACCGCAAAACAAAAACUGGACACUGGGACUGUUGUGAACCACAAACGGUUAACAUUGAGUGGUGCUUUAUUGUAUUGGAGGUGGUGGAAAUUAAAUCAUUUUUUUUCUGAUUUACGGUUUAAAAUGCAAUCCCCCAUCGGAAUUCUGGCCCUUCCUACAGUAGUUACCUGAGGGAGUGAGCUAUAAGAAGUUAAACCAUCCCCAUCAGCUAUUUGCCAAACAUAGCCCACACAUCCACGGUUGUAAUUCUCAUUAUAGCCCUGCAGGCUCCCAUCAAGUCCCAUUUUAUUUUUUUGCCACAUUUUAUUUGCACCUUGUACUGUACAAAUCUCCUGCCUAUUGUUCAUUAAACAUGUUAGUUUGUCCCUGCAUGGUUAUUUACAAAAGUGAAAGUUCAAAGUCAAAAUAGCAAACUGUUUAAAUUCUCUAAGUCUGCUAUGCUUCAGCUCAGCUACUCUGGCCUUUAAUUUGAAAUUCACUUUGAAUUCUCACCCUACUGAAUAACCCUGCUAUUGUUUGGGUACAAAGUUAGGAGAGCUCUUUAUCACUGUAUCCCGUGGUUGGCCGAUGGUUGUGCGAUGCCUCGAGCGGCGAGGAGAUCAGCCAUCCUGUUCUUAUUACAGUGUCUGAGAGACAGAAGGAAACAGACAUGAGGUCAGGCUGCAAGGGACAGAUGUAACUGGAGGAUCAGGGAAUGCCACUUGGAGACAGAUGAAGAGGAGAGAGACAUAAAACAGAAUUUGGAGGGGACUAAAACUAAGACAGCAGAUAAAGGGUAAACCAAGAGAUUAAGGAGGAAGAAGCGGUCAAUGCUAAAGAAGUGACCGAGAGUCCAAGUUGAAAGACACAAAGUAAUAGAGAUAUAAAACACAGAUAGGCUGUUAUUGAUUUAACCAUAUUGUACAUUUUGUGGUUAAACUGUUCAAUGCCUUUUCUGUGCUGGGGACUUUAGAUGAAGUGUAAGUGUCUGAGCUCAUAUUGAGGAACAUCUGGGUAGAGAGCUGUGAAAAUUGUCUGAGUGUUUCGAGCUAGAGUAUUGUAAAUCACAUCCCCAGGAGAAGAAUCCAAUAAAACUGUAUCCCCAAAAAUGCUUCAGCGAAAGGACGCAAAUGCUAAUGUGAAAAAAAUCACAAGGCUUCGUAAAGAUUGUAGGAGGAAAUAAUGAGAUCUGGUGAAGUAAUAACCUGCUCAAUUAAACACGCAGCAAAAUUGAAGAGGACGGUGGAGAUCGAAUUUUCUGGAAUUGGUGUAUUUGAUAAUGUGCUCCUGUUGUUUCAGCAUGGUGCGUGUCACAUGGCUAAAUAAACACUGACCUCAUUAUUUCGAAUCCAGAUUGCAUCAUAAUUAUUUUAUUCUUUAUUUAAUUUUCUUCUUUAAUAUAUUGAACAAUAAUGAAUAUUGUUGUCUUAUUUGUCUUAGUGUGAAAGAAAAGAAGAAUUUAUUGAAAGAAUACAGAACUUGGAUUUUGACACAAAGGCCGCAGUUGCCGCUCAUAUUCAAGAGGUACCUUUUAUGAUUCGUUCAAGUGCGCUUACUGUGAAAACAAAAUAAGUUAGAAUCGCUGUAAACAUGUUUUUUGGGGGUUUUUUUUCCUCUCAAGCUGUUGUAAGGCUACAGUUUCCAAAGUGACCGGCAGAGAGGAUUCUGGGAAAUAGAAUCUUACAACAGCUGGAAGUUCUAGAUCGGACGCCCCAAUUCAGACAAUCUGUGCAAUACUAAUCGCAGAUCAUAACAUAGUUAUCAAUCCAUGCCUUUGUGUUUGUAACAAAGUAAUCCCACAAGUAGGGAUCAUGAGAACUGAAUGUUAGAAAGGACAGAUGUAGCUGUAGUUUCUCAUACACUACAUUUCUUUUUGGUUAAACGCCAGCUAUUUUGUGCAGCUGCACAACUAGAUUUUUUACAUUUAAAAAAAAAAAUGUAAUCUUCAUUCAUUUCACUGAGUUCAUUUCCUUUUACUAUGUAUGUGUCUGUAGUAAGACGGCCAUUAAAACGAUAUUGGAUGUUUGCUUUGUUUGUGCCUGAUUAUAGAUACGCGCAAACGUCACAUGCUUCUGAUAUUAUUUGUCAAGUGAUUCCAUAUCAGCAGCACUGUUACAAAAAAAACUGCAGGAAUUCAUGGACUUGCUCAUUAGAGCUUACACUCUAGUGAGGAGUUGUUUUUGGUAGAUACAGAAUACAGCUGUUUUUUUUUUUUUUGUACAGUGGGUUAGAAUGAGAAGAGAAGAGUAUUGCUUUAGUGGAGGAAGGCAGAGAGGUUUGUUAUUUGUAGAGGAUAGGAAAUGGAGAGAACAAGGUAAUCAUUUUUUACAGUGUGGGUACAGUGUUGUAGGUGGAACUUAGAUACUAUAAUAGGUUAAGAAAGAAAGUCCUUAAUGAACGUUUGGGUUUAUUGCUGAUUAAGACUGCAGUAGACUGCAGUGCUAUUUAGCAUUGUAAGUUAGAGCUAGAAUUUUAACCCCUUAAUGAGCAAGGAUAUCUAUGCCAACAUUACCGUGUAGUCCAUACAUAUUCGAUUCCAACGUAAAAUGUCAUAUUCCUUUCGUGACAGCUGGGCUGUAUAGGGCUACCAUGUGAAAUAAGCAGGAUAGCGUUAGAACAUUAGGAAUCAGAUUGCAAUUUCUAUAAAGAAUGCAAUUGGUCUUGAUAGAGUCAAGAUUGCUCUUCCAUGGUAGGUGUAAGAUCCAAAUAAAGACAAAUGAGAUUAAUCAGUUAUACAUUUUUUAAGAAGCAAAUAUACACUUGCGUAUUGAGAUAUACAAUGUUACAUAAUUACAUUGUGCCCCUUCCCUAACCAUUAAUUAUUGUUGGCAGCUUUGGGAGACAUGUGUGAUAACACUGAUAAUUACGUAGGUCUGCUGUAAAAUUUGACCAAUCUACCCACAGGAUUGGUCUGUGCCGAUCAUAUAGACACAAUACAACAAACAAUUACUGUGUGACGAGUAGCACUGAAAUAAUCCAUAUUCGUCAAAUUACUUGUUUAAGGUCAAGUACCAUAAGAAAUAUGUGGGUGUGGGUGUCAGGAGGGUUAUUUUGUUUGUCAGUUGUUUUUUUGUUUUUUUUAAUCUUCUCCAGCUAAUGUCACAGCUUGUUGGUAAAGGCAUAUGAAACCUCUAAAGAGAGGUAUGGCGUGUUGAGCUGCACCAAGACUUCUUUUGGGAGCAAUUUGGCAAUAUGUUUCUCUCCGUAUUCCUUUGGACUGCUAAUAUAUCUGCUUUUAAUUCACAGUACAAUGUUUUGGGUUCUGUGUGUGUGUGUUUUAUUUAUCCAUAAUGACUGCAAGUCACUUGUGCAGCUAAUUUGCUUAUGUCUACUUUCUGUAAGGUGACACACAAUCAGGAAAACGUAUUUGACCUGCAACUAAUGGAUGCAGCAGAUUUGUCUCCAGAAGAUGUAGAUUCUCUUCUUAAAAGCACUGCAUUCCAUUUAAAAAGGCUAGUCGAUGAGCGGGAUGACCAGUCAGAGGUACUUCCUGGAGAUCUUUCUUUGGUCCAUUGUUUGCUGUCCAGUAGACCAUGUCUAAGUAUCUCAGCUAAUGCAUGCUGCAGUCCCAGUUCAACCAUGUACAAUCAAUAAUGCAUGUGUUCAUAUAUCCUGUGUUUGGGUUCUGAUUGUGAAAAGUGGUUAUUCCUCAUAAACCGCUUGAAUAACUCCUUCAAGGAGUUAGCAAAUCAUUCUUAUCAUGAGAUACAUGGCAUAGCCAAUGUACAUUAAGAGAGAUCUGUGAUGAAGGGGCUGUAUAAAUAAAUGUCUGUUUCAACCAGGAAGAUAAGCUCAUAAUUUUAAAUUAUCCCUUCUUAUGCACAAAAUAUCUUGAAAAUAGCACACAUUAAAAAAAGCCAUAUAUAUAUAUUUGGGUGGAUAAUUUUAUUGUGCAAAACAGCAUUGGAUGUGAGGCUCUUUAAUGCUAGUAAUGUGGUGGAAUACAUGUUGCAAUGUGUUAAUCAGACUCCCUUUCACGAAUAUAUGUUAUCACCUAGCGGCUGUUAAUUCAUCACUCUGAUGAGCACUAUGAAUUCUUGUUAAAGUACUUGAUGAAUCAUUCUAUAAAUCUCUGAAGUACUUGUCCUGGGAGAGGCAGAAUUUGAUAACUAGCUGGAUAUAUUAUAGCAUUAUAUUAUAGCAUACAGCAUUUCCAAUUUCAUAGCGUGGUUUUAUAUUUAUUUGAGGAAUGUGUGUGUAUAUAUAUAUAUAUAUAUAUAUAUAUAUAUAUGCCAAUUUGGAGUACUAACUGUUAUGUCAGUAAAAUUCCAGGACCUAUGGAGGGUGGGUUAACUCCACAUCUCAGCAUGAAUCCUCUCCUGAUUCUAAGGCACCACAUAGUGGGUGUUAACACAUUCUGUUAUUUUUGUAUCUCACAAACCGACUAGAGCAAAUUAAUGAGCCUUCCUGAGUCCAUUGGUGGCUUCCAUUGGUAAUCCUGGUAAAGCACAAAUUAAAGGACCACUAUAGGCACCCAGACCACUUCAGCUUAAUAAAGUGGUCUGGGUGCAAGGUCCAUCUAGGGUUAACCCUGAAGCAGUAAACAUAGCAGUUUCAGAUAAACAUUAGGGUUAAUCCAGCCUCUAGUGGCUGUCUCAUUGACAGCCGGUAGAGGUGCUUCCGUGCUUCUCACUGUGAUUUUCACAGUGAGAAGACACUGACAUCCAUAGGAAAGCAUUGAGAGAAAUGCUUUACUAUGGACUGAUUGAAUGCACGCGCAGCUCUGCCGCACAUGCGCAUUCGGCGCUGACGUUGGAAGAGGGAGGAGAGUCCCCCAGUGCCGAGGUAGCCCUUCCUCCCCCUUCAGCCCGGUGAGAGUGGGACACUGAGAAUGGGGGGGACCUAAAGGACCACAAUAUAGUGGUCCUUUAAUUGCAAAAAGAUACAUAGAAAUAUAGAAUGUGACAGCUGAUAAGAACCAUUUGGCCUAUCUAGUCGGCCCAAUUUUCUAAAUACUUUCAUUAGUCCCCGGCCUUUUCUUAUAUCUAGGAUAACCUUUUGCCUAUCCCACGCAUGCUUAAACUCCCUCACUGUGUUAACCUCUACCACUUCAGCUGGAAGGCUAUUCUAUGCAUCCACUACCCUCUCAGUAAAGUAGUACUUCCUGAUAUUAGAUGUUUUACCUUACAUCUGUGCAAUGGGAGUUGAGCUAAAUAUCUUAAUGGGAGAAAAUAACUUAAACAAUUUUUAAACAUUCCUUAACCCUCACUGAGGAGGUACUAGUCCCAUUGUAAGCUUUUCAGUGCUGCAAUUUACAGGAUUAUAUAUAUGUAAAUAAAAACACACUAAAACAAAGCAAAUGGCUCACCACAAAAAUGGGCAAGUUUUAUUCAACGUUAGCUGUCAUGGUAUUCUCUUGGGCUGAAGAUAAUUCCAAGGAUCUCUCUAGUUUUUUGCACCCCUGACCCAUUGUGGGUCCCCUCGUGUUAUUCCAAGUAUUAAAAUUGUUAGUUAUUACUGCUUAAUUAGCAAGAGCGUGCGAUUCAAUCACUGCAGCUACCAGAUUCCAAUUAGUUUUUUAAUUAAUUACUUGUAAUUGCCUUACCUUUCUUCUUUGUUCUACUGUGAACAAAGAGAAAAGGCAAUGACCAAACAAUUGGUUCUCCCGUACAUUAGUACAUAAUAGUAUUAGUACAGGAGUUAAAUACCAAAGGAAAACAGAAAAUUGUUUAAUAAUUAUUUGUAUUACCAUUUGUACUAGUAAUACAAUUAUUAUUUUUUUUGUCCCCUUAUUAAUUAAAAUUCAUUUGCAAAAAUGCAUUUUAUACACAAACACCCUAAACAUUGCAUUAUCCACUUUUUUCAUUUUCAUUUACUUUGUUCCAUUCUUUUCUUAAAAAAUUGCAAUAAAGAUUGGUAAAAAAAAAAUGUCACAACAUUCCACGUUCUAAAAUGUGGGCUGUGUAACCAUAACAAACUAGCUCAGUUAUUAUUACUUUUAGCCAUCAUUGUUCUAGCUGAUGUUGAAAUUAACCUCAUGCAAUCCCUGCCAAUAUGUUGAAAUUUUAUGGGAAUCCUUAAAGAGAUCCUAUAGUGCCUGGGAAACAAACCUGUUUUCCUGAAACUAUAGGCUCCUGCAGUGCCUCCCUCCCACGGGGCUGAAGGGGUUAAAAUCUCUUCAGCCACUUUCCUUAAUCCAGCGCUGGGUCAGGCUCUGCCCACGUCCCUCCCCUGCCAAUGUCAGCCGGCGAGGGAAACCUAAUGCCCAUGAGCGGCAAUGGCGCGCACGCAUUAGACCUCCACAUAGGAAAACAUUAUUCAAUGCCUUCCUAUGGGGAAAAUCUGACACUGGAGGUCCGUGAGGACGUCCAGCGUCAGAUAACGGACCAAAAGUCCGUUUGGAUUCCGGAAGCCCUCUACUGACUGUCUGGUAGACCGCUACAGAGGGCAGACUUAGAGCUGCAAUGUGUGUUUCUCUGGAACUGCAAUGUUUAACAUUGCAGCACCAAGUGCAAAAAGGUAACAGCACCCAGUCUACUUCGAUUAGCUGAAGCAGUCUGGGUGCCUACAGUGUCCCUUUAAACUUUAAAUUAGUGGCAGCCAGUGUGUUGGUCUCCAGCUCUUUUGCUUUAAAGUUUAAAGCAAAAGAGCUGGAGACCAACACACUGGCUGUCACUAAUUUAGAUCGAAGGGCCUUAUCAUAUGUGAACGGGUGGACAAGUAAAUAUCUAAUAAAAAGAAUAUAUUGAUAUUGAUGAAACACUCCAGAAAUCUAACACAAAUGGAUGACCUUACAAGAGCGUGUUUGAGAACUCUUAACUAGGUCUAGAGCUCACAAUCGCAAGUCUUGAAAUGGUAUAAUCUGAGAAAAUGCUUACAGUAAUGGAAUUCAAGAGUUCUUAAGUACAUUAAGCUAUCCCCAAAACAAGUAUAUGAAAUAAGAGGGAGGCUUGUUGGUCAGUUGAUUAGAUUUUGGUUUGGGUUUUUUUUUUUUUAUUAUUCGUUUUUGAUUUUGUCCUCUACAAUCACAAACUCUGUGUGGUUCUAAUUGCUGUGAAUUUUCACAGACCAUUAUCGAGCUCGCAGAGGAGAGGGACUCUCUCCACUUCGCACCUCUGUCUACAUCAGCACAGUCUCCGUCAGGAUCCCCAGGAAUGAGACGCACAGAGAGCAGACAGCACCUGUCAGUAGAACUUGCGGACGCCAAAGCUAAAAUAAGACGGCUGAGGCAGGAGCUGUGAGUAUUCCCUAAAAGAGUGACACGUACAACUGACACUAGCUCACAAUUUUAAGUGAAAAAUCUGCAGGCUUAUUUUUAUGUACUUGUGGAGGGGGGAUACAUUUUUUAAUAUGUGCAUUGUCAUUUCAUAUCUGUUUUUAUAAUUAUUAUCAUAAUUAAUUGUCAAUUGGAAAUUUUGCUUAGGACAAAAAACAUCCCCACCAUAACUCUUGAAAAUAAUUGAAAAACAAACUUUUACGGAACUGUGAGAAGUGUGUUCAUUAGCAUAAAAUGUUUCACUUUACUCUACUACCAAAAGCAUUCCCAAUAACACAAAAUUGUUAAAAAUAAAAAAUAAAAAUUAAAAUAAUUGCAUUUUUCAUUAGAAAGAAGGAAAAAAAAAUCACACCAUAAUUUACUUUUGGAAUCUUUAUUAAAACUAGGUUUUCAUUUUCAUAAUCUGCAGAUUAUGAGUGCAGUUUACACGACUGUUUUAUCAAAAACUAUAUUUAAUUCUACAUUUCCAGGGCCACUUGGUUAAUGGUAUACAUCAAAAUGUAUUCUCUGUGUGCUGAAAAGCGGUCGUCUAUGAUGGACAAUCCUUCUAAUUAAAUAUAACUGGUGGUGUGAUUUCACAACCAAUGGUAAAGUCAGGAAUGCACACAGCCUCAAUCUUGGAAGAUUCCAAAGCUUUGAUUUUUUUUUUUGAUUUUUUUUUUUUUAUAAAGGGACUCUUAAUACUUGCACAUGAUGGAUGCAAUGUUUAGGUUAGAACACAGUAUGCUGUAUGGAUAUUUUUAUUAUUAAUCUGCUUUAGUUCCUUCGUAAUAAUUAGUUUUGCUCCAUAAACUCACCCUUUCUGCUUCUGUGUACCUGUUAAGAUACAAUGUGGUUAAUGGCCCAGGGAAUGUGGUUAAAGGUACAGACAAGUACGUCUUUUAAUGUGCUGUAAUAAAGCAAAAUAUCUUGCAUAGAUGGUAAAUAUUAAAAUGGGCGUUGGACUCUACAUUUGACAAUAAUUCUUGAAAUUAUACCAGACAUACUUGAGAAGGAGAGAAAUCUCAAUGUAUCCUUCCUGGUAAAAUAUUUUAUAUACAGGACUUUACUGCUAAACUAUGGAGUCAUUUUUCCCCUAGAUAUCAGUAAGAUCUAAAUGUAAUGUUCCUGGUAUUAUUAUGGUGGUUUGGGUUAAGAAUAAAGUAUAAUUACUAUAAUACGAUUUAUAAAUAGAAGUAUUAUUACAAUAAAAAAUUAGAAUGUUCCCCUCAAAUUUACAAAUACUUUAUAAUUGUAUAUUAUCCCAGCCAAAUCUAAGCAUUACCCUAGCCAGAAAAACAAGAAAUACUUUUUUUCUGUUUCCACAUCAGGAUGUGGAAAUCUCAUUGCUUCCCCAUUUUGGCCCCCUGUGCCAAUCAGUGCUUAAAACAGCACUCCAAACACGUUCGCUUACUUGAGUGCUUAAAGGACCACUAUGUUUUCCUGGCACCUCAGGGUCCCCCUCCCACCGGGCUCUAGGGUGAGGAAGGGGUUAAAAGUACCUCUUUCUCCAGCGCUGGGCGGGGAGCUCUACUCCUCGGCUGAAUGCGUAUGCGUGGCAAGAGCUGCGCGCCCAUUCAGCCAGUCUCAUAGGAAAGCAUUAUCAAUGCUUUCUUAUGGACGCUGGCGUCUUCUCACUGUGAUUUUCACAGUGAGAAGCACGCAAGCGCCUCUAGCGGCUGUCAAUGAGACAGCCACUAGAGGCUGGAUUAACCCUAAUAUAAACAUAGCAGUUUCUCUGAAACUGCUAUGUUUAUAGAAAAAAGGGUUAAGCCUAGCUGGACCUGGCACCCAGACCACUUCAUUAAGCUGAAGUGGUCUGGGUGCCUAUAGUGGUCCUUUAAUGCACGAAAGGUGUGUUCUCAUUUUGAUUUUACAAAGUGCAGAAUUGAAUAGAACUUGGCAUGUUUAUAAAUUAACCUUGUCAGACCCCAGUCAGUCAGACCACUGGUCCUGUUACUUCCUGGUUUGGUUAGCUCACUGGAUCUAAACUCAAGAGACCGCAAUUGCCCAGAGCACCUGCCUUACAAAGACUUCUCAUUGAGCUGCAUUGGAAAGUCUGUGAUUGGACACCCACAGAAAGUCUGGGCGGGGUUAGAAGGGGAGGGCUUGCAUAGGAUGUAGACUAGAUUUCAGCAGCUUUUACAAGAUGUUUUUAGAUAUACCCCCAAUUAAAUUUUUUUUAAAUUUAUUAACUAAAUAGUGUUAUGGAUUUUUUGUUGUUAUGGAGUGUUUCUUUAAAGGGCGGCACUCUCACUGUCUGGGACUUUGCAUAAUUCUACUGGUCCGGUGGCUGGGGGGUGAGAUUUACUUACCUGAACCUAUUUCAGUAAAAUUCCAACAUAGUAUUUCAUAAAGAUAAAAUAAUUAGGAAAUAUUCAUAAUGACUAACAGUGCAGAGAGUUGGGAGGUGACGGUGUCGCUUUAAGAGCCUGUUGAAACGUUUUCCUUGAACUGUUUUUCAUAAACUGUCUGUUAGAUAUAAUGCAGCCACAAUAAUAAAAACAAAGUAUUUUAUCAAAAAUUAUACAAUGAGAUGUUUCCAAGCAUAUCCUUGGAUAAAGUUAUUUAUGGACAGAAAUAUCUCUAACCUUCUGGCUUAGAUUCUUAUUUUGGUGUUAAAAUGUAUUUAUUUGUUUUCAAAUAGAUUUGAAAUUAAAAUAAGAUCUCGCAAUUCUGUUUUAAUAAAAUAUUUUUCAGUUGUGGAAUCCUAGUGUCAAUGAGAACCUAGAUUGUUAGUCAUGAUGAUUUUAUAAUUAGUUGGGAAACCUAUAGAUAUAUAUUGUAUCAUUGGGUUUAUUUAAAGGGGUACUAUAUACAUCAAAACAACUUUAGCUUAAUGAAGCAGUUACAUGGUUAUAGGUUUUGUCCCUGCAGUCUCACAGGUCAAUUCUCUGCCAUUUAGAAGUAAAGUCACUUUUGUUUCUAUUUAUGCAGCCCUAGCCACAUCUCCCCUGGCUGUGACUGACGCAGCUCUCUCCUGCUCUUUAGGCUGAACUUUAAUCACACACAGAACACUUCUGCAGGGUCUAGAAGGCUAUUAAUAGAGCAGGAGAUAAGACAUUAAAUUAAACAGACUGUGCAGUAAACGAUGUUUAAAUAUUAGAUCUCCUUUUACAGAAAAUGUGUAGGCAGGCUGUGCAAGUCACAUGCAGGUAGGUGUGGCUAGGACUGCUUACACAAAGUGAUUUAACUCCUAAAUGGCAGAGAAAUGAGCUGUGAGACUGGCAAGGAAUGAUUUAUACACCAAAACUGCUUAAUUAACCCCUUAAGGACACAACUUCUGGAAUAAAAGGGAAUUAUGACGGAAUAUUUCCAUCAUGUGUCCUUAAGGUGUUAAGCUAACGUUCUUCUUGGUGACUGUAGUGUCCCUUUUCCAUUUUUGGAAUUAUUUGGAGAUUUUUUUCUUUGUAUUGGAUUCUGUUUUCUGUUUCUAUUAUUUGCUUGUUUUUGUUUUGUUUAUAAGUUAUAUGAAAUAAUCUGUUCCAUUUUGUUACAUUGAAGAUAUUUUGUACAAAAUAAAUAGUAUUGACUUGUGAUGAACUGAAACAAUACCGCCUUGCUAUAUUUAAGCAAAAAUAAGAAUUUGUAAACAGGCUUCACUUUUUUUAACGUCUGUUCUCUUGGGAGCCUCCUCUCAUAUUCCACACUCACAGCUGCACUAAGGAAAUUGGCCUAAAGAUUGCAGUUAUUACUAUGAUUGGCACUUAAUAGAUAGUCUAAACAUGAAACGCCAAUGUGCUCCACAUAAUUUGCUUCAGUCCUUCUCAGUCUGGAGAUAAAAACCUCUAAUUAGAAAUCUUACGACUGCUGGAGUUUGAAUUCUAUUAUAAUCUCACCCUUUCUGUGCUAGCAGACCCUUAAUGAUUUCCGGUGUAGCGUCGUUGGUGCUUUUAUUGUUUUCGUAGAGUCUGAAGGGGUUACAGUUCUGUAAUCAGCCCCCCGAAGUGACUGUAAAAAUGAAUAUUAGAUGAGAGCAUUGUUUGUUCAGUUGGAGUCACAAAUUGAUUAAUUUACAGUACUUGUUUCCUGAUGCACUGUAAUGAAGUCUGUCUACUGCUCAGUACACAACACUUUAGUUCCCUUGUAGAAUGUAUCUAGAUAUGUUUUUGGUUUUUUUUGUGUGUGUGUGUCUGCCUGUUUUAUUUUUUUUAAUAAAUAUAUGAUUUUGAUUUUCAAAUUCACUUUUUAUUAGAUUGUCUGCUUCCAUUCUACAGACCCUCACCAUGCCCCUGCCUUUUAAGGUCAUUCACUCUGCCCCACUCCACAUAUCUUCACCUUGCCCCUCUUUGUGUCCAUUCUGCAGAUCUUCACCCUGCCCCUAUCGGUGUCCAUUCUACACACCUUCACUCUGCCCCUGUGUACACUCCACAUAUCUUCACCUUGCCCCUCUUUGUGUCCAUUCUGCAGAUCUUCACCCUGCCCCUAUCGGUGUCCAUUCUACACACCUUCACUCUGCCCCUGUGUACACUCCACAUAUCUUCACCUUGCCCCUAUUUGUGUCCAUUCUGCGGAUUUUCACCCUGUCCCUGUCGGUGUCCAUGCUACACACCUUCACUCUGCCCCUGUGUACAUUACACAUACCUUCACCGUGCCCUAUCUGUGUCCAUUCUACACACCUUCACUCUGCCCCUGUAUGCAUUACACAUACAUUUACCUUGCCCUAUAAAUGUCCAUUCUACAGACCUUCAUCUUGCCCCUAUCUGUGUCCAUUCUACACACCUUCACCAUGCAUUUAUCUGUGUCCCUUCGCAGCCUCACCCGGCCUCUCUUUGUGUCCAUUCUAUGGACCUUCACCGUUCCCCUUAAACAGCUCCUAUUUGUGUCCGUUCUACACACCUUCAUCUUGCCCCUAUCUGUGUCUAUUCUGCAGACCUUCAUCUUGCCCCUAUCUGUGUCUAUUCUGUCAUUGAGCAAUGGAAUGUUAAAGUGAAUGAUAAUGUUGUCAAAUAAACUGAACAAAGCUAUCCAAGUGUAAACUGUACAAACCAAACACAAACAAAUUUGGAAAAUAAAUAGACAAUAGAAAGCCUCUCAUUGGUAUUUAGAGUUACAUUUUAUUUUAUAUUUUUCCAAAUAUAUCUGCAAAAUCUUUUUAAGCUACAUUUUAUUAAUAUGACAUAAUUUGUAGCUUCUAUAAUGGCUUGUAGGGAUUUCGGUUCAGAAACAUAUUAUGACUUUUUUCAGUCUUUUGAAGGCUGUGUCCAUUCUACAGGAUUUCAUCUUGCCCCUAUCUGUGUCCAUUCUACAGGAUUUCAUCUUGCCCCUAUCUGUGUCUAUUCUACAGAAUUUCAUCUUGCCCCUAUCUGUGUCCAUUCUACAAACCUUCAUCUUGCCCCUAUUGAUGUCCAUUCUACACACCUUCACCUUGCCCCUGUCUGCAUUCAUUCUACACACCUUCACCUUGCCUUUUAUCUGUGUCCCUUUUUCGCAGCUUCACCCGGCCUCUAUUUGUGUCCAUUCUACAUCUUCAUCCUGCUAUAAUUUUACAAACCUUCUUCCUACUCUUGUAUUUCUCUAUCCUACCACUGUCUCCCUGCCGUUGCCUGUGAUGCCUCCAUCCUAUCCUCAUUUUCUUUAGUUGUUUAGCCAGCCUGGCCUUCUCUGUUAAAGUAUAAAGAUUUCUCCCAGCCUAUAUAUCUCUCCAAGCAAAUUGCACCUUCCUUUCUUCUCCCAGCUUAUAUCUGUCUCCAUUGUAGUUUCCUUUCUUCUCUUCUAUGUUCUAUGCACCCUAUUUAUUUUAUCCAGCAUGUCUCCGCCCUCUGUUUUAUGUGCAGAUUAAUCUUUCCUUUAUUUACUGCACUUUGAAAAAUCUUCAUGAUAAUAAUAAUGUAGCUCUGUGAGGAAAUGGAGAUUUUAUUUUUUUCUCACCAUAGCUCGAACAAUCCCACAACUUUUAUUCCUCUGAGACCUAUUGUAGAUAUGUGCGUGGCCAUAAACUGGGCACAUCUUCAGCUGGUAAAUAUUUCCAUACAUUUUGCAGAGACAUUUUCUCUAGGCCCUUUAAAUGUUGGCUUAUUUUAGGCUCUUUUACUGAAUUAUAUGUUAGGAGACAUAUUCCCAGAGAAAGCGGUUGCAUAAGAUUUUAGUAUUCUAUUUUUAUUGAUUGACUCUUUGUGAUGAGGAUGAAGAGUCUGUUGUUGGCACAUUCAAUAAUCCAUUUACAGAAGAAGAUACCAAAAAUGCCUUCCAAACACGAGAGCUUUGUAAACCAACCUAAAACACAACACAAUCCUGUGUCAGUCACUGAUCGAAAAAGGUGCAAAUAAAAGGGAAUAUUUGAGGAACACAUUGACGUAUAUGAUUUUUAAAUCUUUUCUAGAGAAGAAAAAACAGAGCAAGUUUUGGACAGUAAGCAGGAAGCCGCACAAUUGGAGGCAGAGCUAAAACGACUUCAACAGGAGGUUAGCCUUAUUAUAUUUUACAAUAAUCCUAUAUGACUAAGCCAUUGUGAAAUCUUUUCAUAUACUGAAGCACCGAACAAGGGUUUUUGUUUUGUAAUGGUUUUAGUUUGGAUAUUUGUAGCUUUAUUGUAAUGUCCGUACACCAGGACGUAGUUGAAAACUAGUUAAAGUUAAAUGUAGAAUUUUUGGUUAAAUUAUUUUAUGUUAUUGAGCAAUGGAAUGUUAAAGUGAAUGAUAAUGUUGUCAAAUAAACUGUACAAAACUAUCCAGGUGUAAACUGUACAAACCAAACACAAACCUAACACAAACAAAUUUGGAAAAUAAAUAGACAAUAGAAAGCCUCUCACUGGUAUUUAGAGUUACAUUUUAUUUUAUAUUUUUCCAAAUAUAAAAUCUUUUUAAGUUACAUUCUAUUAAUAUUACAUAAUUUGUAGCUUCUAUAACGGCUUGUAGGGAUUUCGGUUCAGAAACAUAUUAUGACUUUUUUCAGUCUUUUGAAGGCCAGUUUCUUUACUCUGCUAGCCCCACACUGCUUAGACACAAUAUGGGUCAAAUUGUUUCAUUUCUCCCUUGAUAUCCCCAGAAUAUGAAUUUACUUGGAGAUGCUCGGUCUGCAAGAGUUUACCGAGAUGAAUUGGAUGCACUCAGGGAAAAGGCUAUCCGAGUGGAUAAGCUUGAAAGUGAAGUGAAUCGCUAUAAAGAGAGAAUGCAUGACAUUGAAUUUUACAAGGCCAGAGUUGAGGUAAGUUAACAUUGAAAUACAUUUUUAUAUACAAUUAUGUGUGUAACUUUUUAAAUUAUGUAUGUGUGUGUGUGUGUGUGUAUAUGUGAGGAGGCAGGUGAUCUACCCACAUAUGACAGCUACAAGUACCUGGAGGUAACAAACACAUGGCAAUCAUGAGGAAGAGACAAGGAGGAUCGCAAUAUCCAAGUACCUCCAGAGAGUCAGACAGGCCCAGAAAUCCCAACUCCAUGGCAAAAACUCGUUCCAAGCCAUCAACACAUAUGCCCUACUAGUCAUCAUGUACUCAACUGGAAUAAUAACUUGACCAAGAGAAGAACUGGUCACCAUGGAUGUCAAGUCCCAGAAACUACACACUAUGAAUGGAGGAUUCCACCCAAAAUCCAGCACCCAGAGACUGUACACUGGCCACAAGGCCACAGUCCUCGAUGACACACAGAGCAUGCAAGUACAUCACGAAGAUGUCUCCCAAAGAUGAACUGUUAAGGGAAAACCUGAGACUUCAACAGAUAGAAGAUGCAGAAAAGGAGGAGGUUCAUAGCAAUACAAACCUCUUCACGGGGUGUACCACCAGCACAUAGUGGAUGUGGCUCACAUGACAAAAUCUUACAGUGGUUGGAAAAGGCAAGACUGAAAGACCGCACUGAGGCACUAAUCCUCGCAGCACAGGAACAGGCACUCCGCAUCAGAUCAAUAGAAAGGAUGUGGAAAGUGAAAGCAGUAGUAGUCCCGGUUGUGAUAGGAGCACUCAGAGCUCUGACUCCCAGUUGGGGGAGUGGUUUCAACAGAUUCCAGGUGGGAGAUCAAAGUCCAGAAGAGUGCAGUUCUGAGAAAAGAUACUGUGAAAAACCAUCAGACUCCCAGGCUAGCUAUAUAUAUCUAUUUGCUGUUGGGAGUCAGAGGAUUUCCCACUCCACGCCCCUCCUCUCUGCCAUCCUCCCGUGCUGUGCUCAGUAUUUUCUGGGAGGAAGUGAAUGUCUGCCAUUUCCUCCCAUUGCUGUUGAUAUCACAGGGGCCAUUUGUGCUGUUAACACUUUUGCCAUCACGUGGCCCUCUGCGAAUGGGCCCCCAGAGCAUGCCGGUUAUGUGGCUGUGUCUGCACUGGCGUAGUUCCGCUGCUGGAUUGUUUGCUCUUUUUAGACUACUAAUGUUUAAUUAUUACUUUGUCUAGAUCUCUUCUGUAUUUUUUGUUAUCGCUAUGGAUAUGGAAAACCAUGCAUAAUUUUAGAUAUAAUAACCAUGUUUGUUUUUUCUAAGGAAUUAAAAGAAGACAAUCAAGUGCUUUUGGAGACCAAGUCAAUGUUAGAAGACCAACUGGAAGGUGCACGAGCCCGAUCGGAUAAACUACAUGAGUUAGAGAAGGAAAACUUACAGUUUAAAGCUAAAUUUCAUGACAUGGAGAUGGUAAGAACAGAUCAAAGUCCAUUGUUAUCUCGAUAAUAUUAUGCCGGUGUAACUUAGAGGAAUGUAUAAUAUCUGUUCUUAUGUGGAGCGUUAACAGUACAUUCAAAGCUGAAUUUAGAAUCUUCGCUUUGUGACUCAGACUGCCUGAAAAAAUUAUGGUGUCUGAGUCAUUGGGAUAAGUGCACAAUGACAAUAGCAAUUCAGCUUGAUCUAAAAAUUACUAAAAUAACAUAUCCAUCUAAAAAAAGUUAUUGUAACUCUUUCAUGGUUGGGAAAGUACCGUCGGUCAUGUUAGUGUGUAUGCUUCGGUUUUGUAUGGUUUUGUUAUCCUACUAGCAGUGAAUUUAUCAUUUUAGGAGCGGGACAUGGACAGAAAAAAAAUUGAAGAACUUAUGGAGGAAAACAUGUCUCUGGAAAUGGCCCAAAAACAAAGUAUGGAUGAGUCUUUACAUCUCGGCUGGGAGCUGGAACAGCUAUCUAAAACCAGUGAUCUCCCUGAAAGUAAGAAGCUUGCAUAUCCUAGACUGGCUUUAGUUAAACAUAGGUUCAGAUUGUAAUAUUUCCUGCGUACCUAAAUACAAACGAAUGGGGAAAGUACAUGCAGAUGUGUUCAGAGAUCCAUUUGUAAUGGAUUUUGUCAACUAAGUAGUUUAAUAUCACAAUUUUCCAUCAAAGGAUGAAAUAUAUUUUAUUGUAAUGUACCUCUUGGUCCAGUCACUUGUAUUGUUUUCAGGGUUCUUGUAUUCACGUACACAAAGUAAAACAGAGGUAUGGUUAAUGUUUUCUUCUGAAUAAAGAGGAGAGGAAUAAAAGUUUCCAACACUCUCUUUUAAUCUAUUAAUUAAAAGGUUCUGCUAAAUUCCUAAUCUAGAGUUAAAGGGUUCCAUUACUGUGUACAAUGCAGGAACACCGUUACUGUUAGAAGUCCUGCAGGACAUUUUUUCCUUGUUGGCCUCAGGGCAGGCGGCGGUUGAAGUCCAGGCGGGUGGCGAGAGAGCGUUGAUUUGUGAGCUCUCCCUGCUCAGCUCCCUCACGCCACAGAGUGAUACCGGGAGUCUGAAUGUGACAGCUGGAACUCGGCUGACCGCCAACCUGCCUUCCUGCCCAAUCAGCCCGGCCAGCAGACCCAAAAUCCACCCUGCUCUCCCAAAGGUAGGGAGGCUGGGUGGAUUUAAAUUAAAAUUAAUUUUAAAAAGAUAAUCUGAGUGUUGGGGGGAAGUGUGUGUGUGUGUCUGUCAGUGAGUCUGUGUGUGUGUAUAUCUAUCUGUGUGUGUCUGUCACUGAAUGUGUGUGUCUGUCAGUGAGUCAGGGAGCCCCCCUACAGCCCCUCUAACCAUCUUACAGAAACCUUACCCACUCACAGCCCUCCUACCCACUCACAGCCCCCACCCCACCUUACAGCCCCCCUACCCACCAUUCAGACCCUACCCACUCACAGACCUCCUACCCACACCUUGUCACAACCAUCCCCACCAUGUCUCCCUAAAAAUCCUGUCACAGCCCCCCCCACAAGCCCUGUCACAGCCCCCCCAACAAGCCCCCUCAUACACCCUUUCACUCCCUCCAUACACGCACUCUGUCACCUCCCCACACUUUUUUCCCCUGGUACAGUGGAUGUUAAAACAUUUUCUGUAUGAUUAGGGAAAAAAGAUUCCAGUAGUGUCCUUUUAUUGAGUGUAAAAAAAGUACCAGAACUUACUUACGCUAGCAGGCUUAUUCACUAAAAAGAAAAUUCAAAGUACAUUUUAAUUCUUUUUCUAAUUCUCUAAGCCAAGUAUGCUAUCAGUUCAGCAACUUUGGCCUCAAAUUUGAAAUUCUCUUUGAAUUCUCACUUUAGCGAAUAACCCUGUAGGAAUGUAAAAAGAUUCCAGAUGUCUCCCAAUUUAUAGUUAGAAAGUCUGUUUAGCAACUUAAAGCAUUCUCUACUCUUUAAUCUGGCAUAGAAAGUUUAUGAUGUAUGAUAGAAGGGGUUUAAGGCAUUGCCUAUACACUGUUCUAGUCAUAAUGGUUGGUGUGGUAUUAAAUAUUUAUUAUUGGUCUGUCAACUGUUUUAUUUUGUUUUUAUUGUUUUUAGGAUGUUUUACAUGUCUGUUUUGCAGUUGGCAUUACAUGGUAGCAAUGUUGAUUGUGAAUGUUCUAUGUUCUGCAGCUCCACAGAAAUCCCUUGGACACGAGGUGAAUGAGCUCACGUCAAGCAGACUUCUGAAGCUGGAGAUGGAGAACCAAACUCUGCUGAGUACUCUGGAAGAACUCAGAAGCACAGUGGGCUCCACAGAAGGCACGAAUGCAAAGAUCCUGAAAAUGGAGAAAGAAAACCAAAGACUGAACAAAAAGGUAAUUGGUGCAGAAUGUACGAAAUUAACCGGCUUAUUUAAAACAUUUCCCGGCCAGAUGAAGACGACAUAGGGUUCUCAGGGGGACACAAAGUCAGUCAUUUAUCCACGUAUGUUUUGACCUAUUUAAUACUUCCUCGUGUUGGACGUGGCAGAGAUACCCAUUUGCCAAGUUCUUGGACAGUAUUAACAUUUGUUUUAAGUGGUGAAUCCUGCUGCUAACUGGUUGUGUUUUGCUUGUUUGUUUUUUAUGGGUUUUUUAACGCUGUUAUAAACCAAGUAUCUCAAUCCUAGUUGUGAUAUUUGUGUGUAAUGCUUAUAUAACGCAUUAAAACAAGUCAAUUUAUCGGACAUUUUGCUUCACACCAAAUGAUGUGUGUGAUCUGUGACAUUGCAUAUAGCACUGUCUACGUAGAUUUUUUAGCAUCUUCUUUGGUGCUCUAAUCAAAGAAAAAAUAAAUCUGUUUAGUUUUAUUUCAUACUGGGGUGGUUUUUCACUAACAUCUUAACUGUAGUGAACUGAGAUCCAAAUGGCAAUAAUUUUGGCUAAAACAGCCAGCAGCCAAGCUAAAGGUGAGAUGGAGACUGUGUUAUUAUUAUUCCAAUCAAGUGUUUACUCUUAAAGGGCAAACUUUCUGUGGAUGUUUUUUUUUUUUUUUGUUUGUUUUGUUACAACUUACCCCCAUCAGUACUUUGUUAGCUGUCUUGUCACUUUGCACCCCUUCCUCUCCUUUACAUUGAAGUCAAGCACAUGUUGUGAUAGGGAAUUGGAAGGUGACGCAUCACUAAUAGCAAAGUGUUUCUGAAAUAUAAUAAAUGCGUUGGAUUCCAUUUCUGUCGCAAGGUCGAGGAAAGUAACAUAUCUUCACUUUCUGCAAGGACAAACUGUUCUGGUACUGUUUAGACUAUUGAUGGUUUUUGUUGUGUGUUUUGGUGUUUGUUUUAGCUUGAAAAACUGGAGGCCGAAAUAAAUCACGAGAGGCAAAGCAUUCAGAGCAGCCACAAUCUGAGUGAUGACCUCAUGAAAGAAAAAUCACAGCUAGAAAAAACCAUAGAGAUGCUUCGGGAGAACUCUGAGAGACAGGUGACCAAGUACCUUCAAGUUAUGUAAUCUGAUUUGCCAAUUGCAACCCAAAACUGUUGAAGUAAAAAAAAAAAAAAUUUAAAAAAAAUCUGUAGUCAAAGGAUGUCUAGGUUUGGCAGUAUGCCUCUUUGUAUUGCAGUGGACAAAAUUCUGUGAUUUUUGCUCACUGAACGUAAACACUUACACCAAAUUUAUUGUCAUAAAUUGGCAAACUAGUUUUAAAAAAUAAAAUAAAAAAGCAGAGAUGGUCACAGCCUUAGAACUGGGAAACACAAAUCCCCAUCACACCAGCUCACCAGUAAGUGUCCCUGGGCAAAACACCUAACAAUACAUAUCCACCUACCUCAAAUUCUCUUGUGUUGUAAGCAUGUUUAAGCAGGGCUUCCUUCCCCUGGAAAAUUUUCCCUUUUUAUAAUUGUAAAGCUCUGCAGAAUGUUAUGCUGUUUUAUAAAUGCUAAAAUAAAAUAAAGAUCCUAUUAAUAAAAGGUAUGCCCCCUGACCCCCUCCUACUGCAUGAACAUUUUACCAAAUGCUAGAGACACAUUUCUGGCUAUAUAAUGCUAGAGAAUGCACAAUAAUUUGAAAGCUGUUUGUGUUUUUUAUUUAUUUAUUUAUUACUUUAUUUUUUUAGGGUCCUUAAUGUCCUAAAGCAAUACUUUUCUAACCUCAUGUACGUAAAUGGUUAAGAGUUUAAUUGCUGGUCUCUUUCUGAUGAUCUGAUAUUUCAUGGUCCGUUCACCUCGGUAGUUUAUGCACGUCCUCUAUCUUUCAUCCUUUUUCGGUUGCUUUCUUACAUUUCGAAGAGCUGUUCCUCUGAUAUGCCAUAUGUAGAUGAGAGCAGAUGCAUACUGUUCUCGUUUUCUUGAUGGAAAAUGGCGUGCAUCAAACUGGCAGUAAUUCACUCUCUUCCCUCCCUGUCAGUCAACCUCUGCUAAUUCAUGUAAUUAGAUGUAGAUUCACAUCAAUGGAGGAGUACUGUGAGAUUUAAUGUCCUCCAAAACCAGUGAUGAAGUAAAUCUGGAUGGGCAGCAGAGCUUCUACAAAGUUUUUAUCUUGCUAUUAAAAUUCUAAUCCCUAUUCCCUAGGUUUGGGUAUGAUUUUAUAGGGAUGAUAAACUUCACAUGACUGCUGAAGCCCCAUUAAACUGUAAAACUGUAGGCUAUUUGCAUCCCAUUAACCUCUAGGUAUAAGGGUGACAAGUGUCCCUCUUCCACACAAUGUUUGUACCUUUAUUGUGCCCAAAAGUUCUAAUGGUCUAGACGAAUGGUGGUUGCCAAUCCAGUGCUCACUCCCACCAGUCCAGGAUUUGGGGAUUAACCACUUGUGUCUAAGGUUCUUUUUUUUUCUUCUUCUAAAAAUGCCUUAGACACAACUGGGUAAUCCCUAAAUCCUGGACUGGUGAGGGGGGAGGUGGUACGAGGACUGGUUUUGGAACCACUGGUCUAGGACUAUUAGUGUGAAUAAACUAGAAGAUCAUACACAGUGAAGCAGAAAAAGAACUCCACCUUGGACUUGAUUCAAGCAAUAAGUUAAAAAGGUGUGUGUGUGUGUUACAUAAAGGUGAACCGUGAAUUGGGAAUGUAAUACCAUUUAGCCAUUAUUCAAGACUGAAGAUUGACUGCUUUCAAGUGUCAUGUAUGAACAUACGGGAACCAAGAGAACGCCACGAUUCACGUUAUAAAAUUUCAAGCUUUCUUAGUAUUUAUGAAGUAGACACAUAAUACAAUUUGUUGUAAAGUUUUUGUGCUCCCCUGUGAUUCUGUAUUUUGUGCCUACUUAUCUUGGUUUCUGUAGUUCACACACUGCUACACGGAAUUUGAGACCUCCGGAAUGGUAAAUUGUCUCAAUCCUACAUAAUUUGGAUGCAACGAACGUGUGUGCUUUAGGAUAAUGUUUACUUUGCUUUAUAAAUGUCUUUAGAACCCUGACCGCAUUAUUUUUCCCUAAUACAAGCUUCACAAUUCUGUAUCAUUUAUAUUACAUGGGUUUUUGUUUGUUUUUAUAGAUUUAAUGUUUGGAUUUUUUUUUAAUCUCGGGGCAAUAUUUCACCUCUAGAAGCAUAACUCCCACUAAUUUUGGGCUGAUCGGUAUGUGUAUGUCCUUAAAUUUGAAGCAAUUUCAUAUACAAAAAUGUUAAUCUUUUUUCCGGUACUGCCAUGCAGAUCAAAGGCCUAGAGCAAGAGAACGAGCAUUUGAAUCGAACCAUCGCUUCCUUGAGACAGCGUUCCCAAAUUGGGGCAGAGGCGAGAGUCAAGGAUAUUGAAAAGGAAAAUAAAAUUCUGCACGAAACCAUUAAAGAGACAAGUGGCAAAUUAAACAAGAUAGAAUUUGAAAAGAAGCAAAUCAAGAAGGAUCUGGAACAUUUCAAAGAGAGAAGUGAGAAAGCGGAGGAACUGGAAAAGGACUUGCACAGAGUACAAAAAGAAAACGAACAUUUGCAAAAAAAGAUAACCAGCUUAAAUAUAAUCUGUGAAAAGGCAGAGUCUUUGGAGCAAGAAAAUUUAACCUUAGAAGUUGAAAACCGAAAGCUAAAAAAGACUUUGGAUAGUUUAAAGAAUCUUAAAUAUCAGAUGGAAUCACUGGAGAAAGAAAACGGUCAACUUGAAGAAGAAAAUUUAGAUUUACGGAGAGCUGUAGAAUCUCUAAAGAGCACAAACAUCAAAGUAGCUCAAUUACAACUGGAAAACAAAGAGCUAGAAAAUGAGAAGGAGCAGUUAAGGAAAUCGAUGGACCUCAUGAAAGCAUCUUGCAAGAAAACCGAGCGUUUAGAAGUUAGUUACCAAGGGCUGGACACCGAAAACCAAAGGCUGCAGAAGGCACUGGAAAACAGCAAUAAAAAGAUUCAACAGCUGGAAAAUGAACUGCAAGAACUAGAAUCUGAAAAUCAGACCUUGCAAAAGAAUCUGGAGCAGCUAAAAAUCUCGAGUAAGCGGCUGGAGCAGCUGGAGAAAGAGACCAAACUUCUGGAGCAGGAGACUUGCCAAUUAGAACGCGAUAAAAAGCAGUUGGAAAAAGAGAACAAGAGACUGCGUCAACAAGCAGAAGUUAAAGACACAACCCUGGAAGAGAACAAUGCCCGAAUAUCCAACUUGGAGAGAGAAAACAAGUUGCUUUCUAAGGAAGCGGUCACAUUCAAAGAUUCAUGUGCAAGGCUGAAGGAGCUAGAGAAGGAAAACAAGGAACUUGUAAAAAGAGCUACGAUCGAUAAGAAAACCCUAGUCACCUUAAGAGAGGUAAGCUAAAAAAAAUGGAGGUUUGAUGCUUUUUUCCUUCAUACAAGUCCUGUUUAACAUCUACAUUAUUACAAUCUGGUCUCCAAAGAUCUUUAGUAGAUUUCCUCCUUAAGAGGAUAAAGUAAAGUCUCUGAGACAUAAAGACUCUCUCCAAAUAAAUGUCCUAAAUCUGGGGGACAGUACAUACGUAUUCCCAGUUCUCUCUUAUUGUUUGAUUUAAUUUGUCCUUUUUUGUGCCAAAGUCUUGUUCCAUUUUGGAUCUCUUUAAAAAAAAAAUUCAUUCAAAAUUCCCUAAUUUAGAGCUUCAAAUGUGUAAAAAGAGGUGCAAAGGCCCAAUUGCUGUAGUUGUUAUUGUGCCAGGAAUCAAACUGUUUUCUAACAGUUUUGACUUACAAUUCAUAACUGGUAACAUUUAUAAUUCUUGCAAACUAUUAGUAACACAUUUCAAAGUUGGGUGUUUUUUUAUGAUCUUCUACAGUUUGAAUUUAUUUAGAACCCACACACUCUGUGAGUGUUAGUAUAAUUUUAUAUCUCUUUCCACCUCCUGCCUAGUCAUAUUAGUAAGGGAGUUUGAAUUAAGGAUAGCAUAGUUAGAGAGCCGCUCUAGCCAAAUUCCUACCAAUUCUGGGCAGCCUUCCCCCUCAAUUAAUAAAUCAAUCAUUUAAUAUAAAUGACUUAAAGCGCCUAUGUCAUUGAUGGAUAUUGGAGAUAUCUUCAUAACCAAUUAUAUUGAAGAUUAUUUGGUUUAUAAAAGUCUCCAGAUCUUUGAGAUGGCAUUUUGUCCCCAAAUGCAUUCCUUCAGGAUUAUGAAUCUUUUAUAUGGCAUUAUUUUUAACAUUAACGGUAAUGGUAAAGGUAUGGUUAGGCUUGGCUUUCAGGGAAGGACUAAUCCAGUGAUUGCUAAAAAAAUAAUGACCUUUCCUUGGUUUAUCUGGAGUACUCUGGAGAUUUCAGUCUGUCUUAAUUCUGGUUUAGAAACCACUAAUCUAUGUCGACAUUGUUUACGAUUCUGGCCGGUAAUAUGUCUGCAGAAGAUAACUGGCUCAGCAUGGGGUUGUACCGAUCAGGUCACAUACAGAAAUCUGCUUGAUCUCCCUAUACAUCUUGCAAAUAUUCAUGAGCAUUAACAGCAGCCUAAUGUAAUAUAAUUUACUGUAUCACAUAGAUUAAUGCAAUUUUUUACUUCUAGCCAUACAUGAUCUAUUUUAGUGUAAUAUUGUUCCUUAAAAAGAGAGCAGUGUGUGCAUCCAGUAUUCAUGAUGAUAUACAGAUUCCUGAUGAACUGAUUUAAGAAAACACUAUGGGGUCAGAAACACAAACAUGUAUUCCUAAACCCUAUAGUGUUAAAAACACUAUUUAGCCCCCCUUGCCUCCUUAAAAAUAGUAAAAUCUGCUGCUGGCUCUGCCCCCGAUUUGCCACCAUGGCUGACAUCGUCAGAAGUGAUGAUCUCUGUCAAUCACAAUGCUUUACCAUAGGAAAGCAUUGGAUUGGCUGAAAUGAUAAAUUCUGAUGAUCUCAGCCAAUGAGGCUGGCUGGAGGGUGGAGGGAAAUGCUAUCCUGGCCAAUCCGCAUUUUCUGCAUUGAAUCAACGCAUCUCUAUGAGGAAAGUUCAUUGCCUCCAUGCAGAGGGUGGAGACACUGAAUGUCAGUCACACUGUGCAGCACUGCCCCAGUAAGCUCCUCUAGUAGUUAUCUGGGGAGUUACCAGUGGAGGUAUCCCUAGGCUGUAAUGUAAACACUGCCUUUUCUCUGAAAACACAGUGUUUACUGCGAAUAGUCUGAAGGGAAUAAUUAUACUCACCAGAACAAAUAUAAUGAGCUGUAGUUGUUCUGGUGACUACAGUGUCCCGUUAAUGCUUAGAUUUCUCAUUCACGAUACAGUUAUCUGUAACAAUCAUUCAGUGAAAUUCCAUAGAAACACUACGUGAAAAGAAAUCUCCCCUCUGGACUGAAGAAAGAAUUGCAGCUUUCUCCUUCAUUUUCAUUAUUUUCUUCUUUUUUUUUUUCUAAAAUCCCUGAAUUUAAGGGAAAUCCUGAAUGUAAAAAUAAAAAGGAAAUGAUGGUUUGUAGUAGUAACAAGGAAAAUGUAUCCGGUUAAAAGAAAAAUAUUUAUGUUUAAGGAAGGAAGCUAAGAGCACAACUGUUGGCCAUUCUAAUUCAUCACAACUGUUUGAAGCAGCUGUCCGGCUUUGAGUUGUCAUUCUAGUAAGCUGUCCGUGGGUUGACGUUGGUGCAGUUCUCCAAUAUAAAAUAUUUGGCACACUGCAAACUAAGGAAAACCAAAUGCCUAAAUAUAACAAAUCCCAGAUAUAAAUAUUCCUUUGCAUAAAGUUCCAUAAUGUACAUAUGAAAAAUAAAUAAUUUACUCUCUGCCAAUGUGCUUUUGUUGUGGACACUAAAAUUCACUCAUUGAUAUGUGCAAUUAGUUGGUGGGCUUUUAAACCUGGCUCGUGACUUUAGAGUUAAACACAAUGACAAAUUAAGCAAAAUAAAUCAUAACUAUUACAUUUCAACCUCCAAGGUUUAACAGACCUCAAAUUUCUAUGUCCACAUACUAUCUACACAUACCUGCUCUGAACUACUAUUUCCUGCUGUUAGUUUUCAAUACUUUUUUGAAUUUUUUUAUUUAUUUUUUGUACUCUAAUAUUUCAGUACUGUGAACAUCUGCUGUCUUUAAACCUACAGGAUCUGGUGAAUGAAAAGCUGAAAACACAACAGACAAAUAACGACCUUGAAAAACUAGCUCACGAACUGGAGAAGAUUGGGUUAAACAAAGAGCGCCUCCUCCAUGACGAACAGUCUACUGAUGACAGGUAAAGGGUCAUUUACGCACGGCUAUUAUACAGCCGAAUCCUUGACGAAGAGCCAGAAGGGUCCAUCUGCAUGUUCUCCUGAAGUAGUAAGAUAGCUGUAAUGGACUCCAUAAAAGGAAGAAACGACGUGACUAACUUCCUGGUUUUUAUAUGCAUGUUUGAUGAAUGGUAGACAGUGGGGACCUUUUGUUCUGGAAACCUGUAUCACUACUUAAUAGAAGUAAGACUAGAGUCACAGUACUGAGCAGGAGCAUAAUUAAAAAUCUGGAAUAGAUUGGUUAGAGUGACCACUUAAAGAUUCACUUUAGCAAAGACCUGCAUAAAUAAUACUCGUACAGGCUUUUAUUGGUCAUUUAUGGUGGCGUGUGCUGGUCAAUAUUGUGGAACUAUUGCGGGUGUAUAUCCUUUGAUUAGUGCAUUUUGAUGACAUAAGCACAUUUCCAUCACUUAAGAACUAGAAUCCAGUUAUACCUUGUAUGUUCAUAUAUCUUAUUCGAUGACCUAGCAGAUGAAAUGAACAAUAAAUUGGGGAAAUAUGUUUGGUGGAGAUUUGACCUCAAUAAUAACCUCUUUAUUACCAUUAAGUAGUAUGUGCCAUUUUGUAAUGUCUUUAUUUGAUAAAGUUCCAUAGAUGGAGAACUUUGAAAUGCAAGGGAUCCAUUUAUCAAACUUAUAGAAUUCCAAAUGGUAAAUUAAUAUUAAUUGUUUUAAUAUAUGUUUGAUAAUUCCCUACAUUCUCACUGGAGUGUGACUAACUGCCAACAGCCUAAAUAAAGGCCAAAGGGAACACAUUUUUAUUUUAAAUUUUUUUGAAAUCAAUAACUUUAAACAAUGCUUUUAUUGACCUUGCUAGAAGGUGUAAAUAUUUUAGUGGCUCUAAAGCAAGGUUAAAUAUAGAUAGCCUUAGACUCCUCACGGCGGUUUGUAACACACAUUGGAUAAGUCAUUUAGAUUUAUUCAAUUCUAUAAAAAAAAAAUUAUGCCAAUCUAUCAUUAUUUGAAGGAAUAUUUUUUUUGAUGUUCUGCAUGCAUGCUUGCGGCUAUUAAAAAUGCAAACGCCUUCCAUCUUGUUCAACAGCAGAUAUAAGCUUUUGGAGUCAAAAUUAGAAUCAACCUUGAAGAAAACUCUUGAAAUCAAAGAGGAAAAAAUUGCAUCUCUUGAAGCUAGAUUGGAAGAGUCGACAAAUUUCAACCAGCAACUUCGCCAAGAACUUAAAACUGUAAGUGAUGGGUCUUUUCAGAUUUAUUAAGCUUUACUCAUUUACUCAAAUUACAUUAAUCAGUUAAAGCAGUUAUUUAAGCAGAUUAAUAUUAUUUAACUAACAAAACUUUAGUUAAUUUUCCUCUAAUUCCCAGUUGAAGGUUUGACUGUGUUUUCUAGAGUAGGGAGCCAUCUUGAAUCUCUUUUUACAAUUUAAGUCGAUAGCAAGCAAUUAGAAUCUCUCAACAAUCCACUGGAAAGCUUAAUAACAAAUCUUUAUCGAGCAUUUUAAAAACCAUUGAACCGUUAAUAUAAGAUGAAUACACUAUAUAGUCAAUGAUAAGGUACGGAAUAUACAAAUGCUUUUUAAAUGGUAAAACUGUUAAUUUCUAAAGUUGUCACUAAUUGUGGUAGAGCAAUAUCGGAAUGAUAAAUCCUUUUAGAAAUAAGAGGUUAUCCACUUUACAAACAGAGUCUCAUAAUGUGUGAGGUUUGGUUGCUGAGCUUUAUAAUUAACAACAGCCCUCAAUAUUUUAUUAUCAUCUCAUCUUUAACUUUCUCAUAGGUGAAAAAGAACUACGAAGCACUUAAGCAAAGACAAGAGGAGGAACGACUAGUUCAGAGUUCUCACAGGCCUGAAGACGAGCAUAUGCCUGUGACUAAAUGGGAGAGGGAGAGUCAGGAGACCACAAGGGAGCUUCUGAAAAUCAAGGAUCGCUUAAUAGAAAUUGAGAGAAAUGUAAGCUGUUUUUGUUAUAACUUUAGACUCCUUAGCGGUUCUGUUUAGUUCAUAACUAAACAUUCUGUUUAACUCAGUCUUAAAUUUGUAACAUGGAAUAAUCGUAAUAGAACUGAAACUUGAACAAAAUACGCCUAUAUGUAUCACGCAUUUCCGCACAAGCCAGUCUAGAACGUUCAACACAUUAUCGAAGGGUGUCCGACUUUAUUUUUAAUUAUUUGGCUUGACAAAUUGAAUUGAUUUUGUCAUUUUUAAUGGUUAUGAAUUUCAGUAAAGUAUUGAAAUUAAACCAUGAAAAAGACAACGGUAACAUAGGUAACACAGUAAUUUAGGGUGAACAAACGUAAGUCUGUUAAGCUCAACCGUUGUACGUAGGGCUUAUAUAGAUUUUCACCAACCAGCUACUUUAUCAAUGUGAUGGGAAAGGUACAUGGUAAAACACAGAAGAAACAUGUCUUCAAGGGGGUUAGUGCUUUGGUAGCUGUAGAUACUAAAUGAUGAUAUAUAGAAACUCUGUGAGUGAAAGCUAAUUAACGGUAAUAAAAAGAUGGGCUUUCAUGUACAUUCUAGGUGUGUAUACAGACAAUUUUGUCCAAGCGAUCACUGUCCGUCAUGGUAUCUUCUUCUUUUUUUUUAUCCCAUUGAUGUUACUUCUCACAUCAACAUACAACCAUCUCCUGUUAUGUAACUAUAACUGAUGCCUAGUCUGACAUUUCCUAGAAAUUCUAACUUCGAAUUUCUCUCCGUGUCUUCCCUCUCUCCAUCUCCUAAAGAAUGCUACUUUGCAGGCAGAGAAGCAAGCACUGAAAACACAGCUGAAACAGCUGGAAAACCAAAAUGACAAUUUACAAGCACAAAUUUUGACCCUUCAGAAGCAAGCGAUUUCCUUACAGGAGCAGAAUACAACUCUUCAGACACAGAAUGCUAAACUCCAGGUAAUAUUUGUGGGAAUGUAAUACGAUCAUUAUAUUAUAAUUUAGCAGAGCUGUCUCAGACUAUCAUGAUGCUCCUGGCAGUUUCUUAUUCGUUACACUGUUAUUGAAGAAUGUGUGUAUUACCAAGGCCAUUCAAAAAGAUUGCACAGAGGCAGCUAAAGAAGAUACAUGGCAGUUUUUACAGCACAAAGCCACGUUUCACGUCCUCUCCUGCCUCCCUCCAUGCUGCUGUGGGCCGGUGAGGUAGAUCUUUGAUCCUCCCACCGGCCCAUGGAGGCUUAGAGCAGAGCCAGCGCUCGGAUAGCGCCAGCUCUACAUGAGCCGACAGGGGAGAUCCUGAGAUCUUCCCUGCCGGUCUCAAUCCAUAGGCGUUCCGCGGGGAUUAGGGUGUGCCCAGGCACACCCCGUGCACACGCCUAUGUAUGUGCAACUGUUGUCAUGGUCAAAAACACAAUGUGUGCUAUCCUACAACACUGUAAAUGGUCUACAGCUGACAGACAUGGGGAAAAAAAACUGUUUUAGAUCGCAACCAACCACCAAAUUGAUCUCUCUUAUAUGCUGCACAACAGGCCCCCAGAAAUUUACCUUUCUUAAAGCAUGGGAACGGAAACUAGACAUUUCACUUCCAGAGAGUAAUUGGCAAAAAAUACCUAUGGCACGCAAAAGCUUAUCAUUGUGCACCUCCCAUAUGGAGCUCGCAAGAAAGAUUUCGUACCGAUGGUACCUGGUACCCACACAAUUAAAAAACCGCAACCCGGGCCUGUGUGAUACAUGCUGGCGCUGCCUAUCAGAACCAGGGACGAUGACCCAUAUCUGGUGGUCGUGCUCAAAAAUAAACAAAUUCUGGUAAGACAUAGAAGAGAUCAUUCACGAGUGCUCAGGAAUGCAUUUACCAAGACUCCCUGAAAUAUACUUACUACACCUUUUUCCAAAGGGUCUUGCCAAAGACCACAAAUAUCUUAUUUACCAUAUAUCCCUCACCACCUAUCCCUCACCCCAACCCUCACCCAUGUUGCUAUUGUUAUGAUACCACUUAUCUGCAUAUAGAUAACACUGGUUUAUUGUUCGUACAGCAUGGACUAUAGAGAACCAUAUGUCAUGUUACUUUGAGUACCUUAUGAUGCCUAAUGCUGUUUCAGACUAUGUCAUAUUCUUGUAUUACUGUACACCGGUUUUGAAAAUUGCAACAAAAAAAACAGAAAACUGCAAUGUGUUAUAUUACAGGGCUAAGGGGACAGAGACACUGCACCCAGACCACAUCAAUGAGAUUGUGUACAUGGUGGGGGAGUACCCUACCACUGACCCUCCACACAUCUCAUCAGUGUAUGGAAUGGGAAAAAAUGAGAUGUCCUAAACUUCCAUAAACAAUAUUAUCUAAAUAUGAUUAGUUUUAGUUAGCCCAAAUGUUUAAAAAAAAAUUUUGUUUUAAAUGGCCUAGUUUCAUCAGGAUGGUUUGUAUGGGGCUUUGAGGCUACAAAAAAAAAGCAAAUGUUAUUUUAAGUUUUACAUUUUUCUCAUUUCCUUUUCCUUGGUUUGAGUUGCUGUUGUCACUUUGUACAGCAGAGUUUAAGAAAAAGAUCAUGAAAAGCUCUUGGCUCUAAGCAAAAUAAUAUAUGUAUAUCUGGUAUAAUGUGUGCGUAUCUUGUAUUUGCAGGUUGAAAACUCAACUCUUAAUUCGCAGAGCACAUCACUUAUGAACCAAAAUUCCCAGCUCCUUAUCCAGCAGUCUAGCUUAGAAAAUGAAUAUGAAUCCCUUGUGAAAGAACGAGAAGAGCUGAAGUCAAUGUACGAUCUGUUGGUUAAAGACCAUGAGAAACUGGCACAAGUGCAUGAGAGUCAGGCAGCAGAGUACGAAUCUCUUAUCUCCAAGCACGGCAGCCUUAAAUCUGCACAUAAAUAUCUGGAAGUGGAACACAAAGACCUCGAGGACAGGUACAUGUGAAUCUGUGUUCCAAACAAUUCUAUUGCAAGUCUGCUGUAUACCGCAACCAAUCAUCACACAGCAUUAAUUAUCGUUACUUUAUAUGGUAAAAAAGAAAAACAUUACAUCCUACUAACAUAUUGUCCAGUGCUACUCCAUAAAGCAUUACUUUUAUUUUAUUUAGUGUAGUUUUAUUUUGUAUUAUGUAGGGUAGAACCUAUAUUCCCCCCAUCUAGGUCAUGGGUAGGUGACAUUCGGCACCCCAGAUGCUGUUAAAUACAUUUACCAUAAUCCUCUUGCAGCCAGAAUGCUAUAGUCCACAACAGCUGGAGUGGUGAAGGUUGCCUGCCCCUUGUCUAGGUGCUGUUGGGCUGUUUGUAUGUAAAUGCGCGCAGUGAAUGGAGUUGUGAUUGUUAUGAUGUAUGUUUUUGUUUGUUUGUUUUCCAGUUUGAGUUUGUGUUGUUUUUUCCCUAUAUAAAUAACAUGUAAGCUGUAUUCUUAGUGUCCUGCUUCUCUGUAGGUCCCAACCCACAUUUAGAUUUUUCCAUUAUUUUGCUGACUUAUAGACAGAGUAACAGAAGCACAGACUAGGCUGGUUAUUGGCGUACAUCCCCUCCGCGUCUGCCGUCUUUCAGAGUGCAUUACCUCAGCACUUGUAAUCAGUUUAAAGACUCUUAUAAAUCACAGUAACAAAAGAAAAUGAAUGCUUUGAGUUGGUGUAAUUUCUUUUCUUGGAUUGAACACUGUAUUCGAGCCAAAAACAGCAUUAUUACUAGUUUGUUGGAAGUUAGGACAGUGUUUAGAACAAAAACCCCUAUUAUUCUAUUUUCUCUAUAAAGGUUGCAGCGAUAUAAAUGUAAUGAAGUCAAAUUUGUCUGGACAUUCAUUUAUUUAUUUACAAUUUGGGUUAUUACUAAAUCCAGCCUUAUUUUCUCGAAACAUCUAAAAUUUAUUAAAGGACAAGGGUACAUGGCAAACUAUAAUUUAUUGGGUCUCUGCCUAUUUAUUUGUUGUUUUUCCUGUUUUUAUCUCUCUCGCUCUCAUUACAUCACUCUAUCAGGCUACAUCUCUUUCUUUCUGCCACUGUUACAGUCUCUCUUUGUCCCCUGAUAAUUUUUUCACAAUUUUUUUUAUCAGGUACAACCAGUUGCUCAAACAAAAAGGCCAAUUAGAGGAGCUGGAAAAAGCCCUUAAACUGGAGCAGGGAAAAAUGCUACAGGAAAAUAAACAACACGAAAUGUUAUCCUCGGACUACCAGAGACUUACAGAGGAACAUGAGAGGUAAGUAGUUUUGCUUAGAGUAGAGGUGGUCUUCACUUUACGACUGACCUGUUUAACGACGACUCAGACUUACGACCAGUUCUCUACAUUCCCCACAUUAGAGAGCUGAUCUAUACAUCGAAAAUAACAUAGACAAGUGCACCAGAGAGGAAAUCCCUCAAAUCUAUGUUCAGGGAACAUUCCUGGAACAUAGAUUAGAGGGAUUCCCUACUCUGGUGCAUUUGUCUAUGUUCGGGGAAAUGUCCCCGAACAUAGACCUGCACUGGUGCGCAUGCUCUGUAUCUCAUUCUCACUUACUGACCAAUUCGUUUUACGACCGAUUUGUAAGAACAGAAACCAGUCGGUAAGUGAGGAGCGUCUGUAUUUUAAAAAAAUAUAUUUAUUUAUUCUUAUGGAAAAAAAUAUUUAGUUUUUGCUGUUUUUUUGUUUGUUUUGUUUUAUAUACUAAAGAGUUGUUAAUGACCCAGUAUGUAUUGGUACCUAGACAACAUUUUCAGCUAGUACAAAUAAAGUUUUUAUGUUAUCAUAAAUUAAAAUAUGAAAUACAUGCUUCUCGGUGAAUCUACUUGUGUCCUAUCUAAAUACAACGGCUUGUUUUUUUGAUUGUGUUUCUACUUCUGUUUGGGCAUGUGCCAUACAAGUGUUUCCGUACUUCCCAACUUUUCCGAUUGACAAAGAGGGACAGUUUAAUUUUAGGGAUGUAAGUGAAGAGGGUGCAGUCAGGGUCAGGAUUGUCCUGAGAAUUUUUGGGUGACUUACUAACCGUUAAUGCAGCUAAAAUGUAAUUUAGAACAUGAACAGUGCAUCUUACUUUACACAGACUGGUCUUUAAAGGACCACUAUAGGCACCUAAACCACUUCAGCUCAAUGAAGUGGUCUGGGUGCCAGGUCCCCCUAGUUUUUAACCCUGCAGCUGUAAACAUUGAUGGUUAAUCCAGCCUCUAGAAACUGUCUCCCUGACACUCAUUAGAGGCCGCUUCCGCAAUUCUAGACACACUGGAAGUCCAUUGAGUAAUGCUUUCCUAUGGGCAGUUUGAAUGCGUGCUCGGCUCUGGCGGGGGCAGGGGGAGGAGAGGUCACCAGCGCCGAGGGAGCCCGGCGCUGGAUUAAGGUAAGUGGCUGAAGGGGUUUUAACCCCUUCAGCCUAGCGGGAGGGGGGGGGGGACCUAAUAACCCUAAAGUGCCAGGAAAACAAAUUUCUUUUCCUGGCACUAUAGUGCUCCUUUAAGCACAUUUAUUGUACUUUAAAGACAGAGUAUUAUUGCUGUGGAGCUCUGUUAUACACUCAAACAUCAACAAUAUGGAGCUCCUAGAAAAGAGGGACAGAUGGAUUCAGGCCCAAAAUAGGGACUGUCCGUCCUAAAUAUAAACACUUAGGAGAUGUGCAUUUGUAUCUAGAGCAGCGAUAGACAACCUUCAGCACUCCAGAUGUGGUGGAUUACAACUUUCAUGAUGCUUUGCCAGCGUAUAAUGGUUGGGAAAGCCUUAUGGUAGAUGUAGUCCAUAACACAUGGAGUUUCUCUGUGAUGCAUUUGAGUGAGGGGUAGAGCUGCAGUGAUAUACUGUGAGGGGCCAGCCAGUGAGACGACAUUAAUACUGAAUAAUCCGUUCUGUGUAAAUCUUGAUGGAGUAAGAGUGAGAUAUACAGAGAUAUAAAGAUGGGUGUGCAAGUGGAUGUGGUGCCAGUCAUAAAAGAUGCAAUGCAUGUGAGAAUGUCAAAAUAAAUCUAUACACCACGAAUCCUCCAAUCCCCCAAACCUAUCACGGCAAUGAGCCGUUUGCUGCCAUAGGUGCUGUUUCCAUCAGGACUUGGUACUCGUAGUGUAACACUUUGCUAAUAAUGCAUCUCAUGCUGGUUGUUUUCUUGCUUAUCACAAUAAAUAAAUGUAGAAUCUCCAGCAGAGAGCAAGAAGGCCAGCGGGACGCAGUGUCUUACACGCGUGUGAUUUAUUUAGGAGCUUAUAUCAUACAGCUGCUCUUUCCUUUGGCUUGUAAACCACGGCCUGAGUCAUAUUGAAUAUUUCACAUAAAGGGAGAGGAGGAACGACAGGUCACUGGCCACAUUUAUAUACAGGAAGAGAGAAAUAAAUGUUCUGUCUGUGUCUUUUCUAAUGUUUCAUGGCUUGCUUUGUAAAAACACGGUCAUUGUUUUGGUUUCAUUUUGGAUUUAAAAUAAUAUAUUGCUUUUGAUGUCUGGGUUUUUUUGUGGUAUUUUUUUUGCCAUGUUUUGUUUUCUCCGAAUCAUGUCUUCUUUAACCCUUGAAGGACCAAAGGUCCUCGAUUUGGCAGUUCCGUGUAGUAUUAAAGCUGUUAAUAAAGUGGGUUUUUCAAUUUUUGAAUACAAUCCUGUGAGAACAUGUUGUUCUGAUGGCAUAGAACCAGGGAUGGGCAACCUAUGGUACUCCAGAAGUUGUGAACUACAUCUCCCCUGAUGCCUUUCCAGCAUUAUGGCUGUUAAAGCAUCGAUGGAGAUGUAGUCCACAGCACCUGGAAUGCCAAAGGUGCCUCUGGCAUACACUGUCAGUAGACCCUAGUAUUUUUGUUACAUCUUUGCUUGCAUGUUUUACAUGACUGGCAUUGCCUUAUAUUCCACAUUAGCAGGCUAGACAACUUGUGACUUACAGAAUUUGGUGAACUUUCUGUCCCACAAUGAAUGGGUCAUGCAGAGAAUUAGCUUGUAUUUACAUGAUGUAGCUGCUGUAACUGACUUUAGCUGGGACUGGUGGAGAGGAGAUAAACCGUAGCCAGUCUCUAAACUUAAAGAAGCUUGAACUGUGAUAAUCAGAACUCCAAAAAGGGAAUUGUUUAAUCAAAACUACCAAGAAACCACUUUUAGUUGUUAAACAAAAUCAGUUUGAUUAAAUGUAAACAAUUUUGUGUGAUUAGGCUAAUGAAGUAAAAUUAUAUUUAAGCGAGCAAAAAAAAAAAAUGAUUUACGCUCUUUAAACCACUUUCAGUUUCUUUUAAUGUUCUCCUAUAUGAUCUUUUGGUAUUAAAAAUAUUUUGAUCAAAAUGCUUGUUUUGUAUAAUUCAUAAAACUGUAGGCUAGUUUAUAAAUCAGGCAUGUGCAUAAUUUUCAGACAAAUCGAAAAAUAAAUUAAGACGGAUACCUGUUAAUAAAUUAACAAAUUUUGUUUGGUGCCAGUCUGUCAUUUCUUCUGAGCGCAUGACUAUAAGUACAAUCAGAGCCCUCUCGACUUUCCUUCAUCUCUGUUGAUCCCGCCCUGACAUCCCCACGUCCGUAUAUUUGUAAUAAACCCUCCGUUUAUUUUUUAUUUGUUUUUGUUUCUUUUCUCUAAUACAAACUGAAUCGAUCAAUGUACUAAUUCCAGCAGGAUCGAAAAUUAUCAGGCGAAACGUUAAUUCUUUCUGUGCACGUAUCUAGUAUAAGUGAUCUGCCAUUGAGGUUAAGAGAACAUAGGUGUUCUUGUGAAGUGUAUUGUGUUUCUACUGAAAAAAAAUCUCUUUAUUCCUUAGUGAGGUGAAAGUAACUGCUAUGUUUUAUCUUAAACCUGUGCGUGAUAAAUGAGUUCUCCUUGGGGAGUCUGCGCCUUUAAAUUCAUGGCUGUACCACCAGUAAGCAGAGCUACAGAUCAUUUUAAUUAAACUGUGUGUUUGGCUUGCUGAGAUUUCAUGCCACAUUUGUAGAACAGGCUGAACCUUCUAAAAGGAAAUGUGUGCCUCCUAAUUUAGCCUUGUGCAAAAGAUCUGAGGUCUUUUAUCUUUCCCAGCAUGGGUGUGAGAUUAGGAAUUCCCAAUUGAGCUGGAAUGCAUGAUCCAUGUUCAAGAAGCAUUACAUUCCAAAUGUAAAGAAAAUAAUGUAGUUCUAGUUUUAAGUUAUAAUGUGCAUUCUAUGAACAUUUAAAAAGAAGAAAAACACUGAUCGUACAUUUUUAUUUCUUUUUUAAAACAGUCGGUAUAUUUCCCAGGGUUGCACAAUUUGAUUUUAAAUCCCUUAUUAACCAAUUACAUGAUUUAUUUUUUUCUAAUUCUAUGCUGUAGAAGAUGCUGAAAGUCAAGUUUACUAAAGUUACUGUAUAUUUUACAUUUACGAGCUCUGAGGAGUCGAUAGUUCGUACAGAAUUCACAGUCUGAUGUGUGUAAAAUACUAGUGUUUCCAUUAAAGCAACUCCUUAACCAAGGGGUCCUCAAACUGUGGCCCUACAGAUGUUGCUGAACUACAAGUCCCAUGAUUCUUUGAAUUACCUAGAUAACCAGAGAAUCAUGGGAGUUGUAGUUCAGCAACAUCUGGAGGGCCGGAGUUUGAGUAUCUUUAAACCAGACUUCCGACCAACUUUAUAUGAUUGCUAUGUUAAUGUAAAACACGGCAGGGUAACAGAAAGUCCAGGUCGAGAUUAUUAUGGUGGGUUCUAAGGCCCACCCAAUAUAAACUUAGCAACUCUGGUCUAGAAGACAAAAGGUGAGAGGAGUUUAGAUGAAUAAAAAGUUUGGCAUCCCUCAUAUUGAUGUAUUGUAUUAUUAUCAGUCUUGUUUGGUUCUCUCCUAAACGUGUGAUAUGUGGUCCAAUGUCUUUUUAUUUUUCUGUUUCUGAAUACGUCCAGGCUAAACCACACCUACAGACAGCUCUUGCGAGAGAAUGAAAGUCUCCAAAGUGACCAUAAGAACAUGAAAAGUUUGCUAAACAACGGUAAACUGGAACAUACCAGGUUAGAGGCUGAAUUUUCCAAACUAAAGGAACAAUAUCAACAACUGGAUAUAACGUCCACUAAACUAAAUAACCAAUGUGAGGUGAGAUUUGGCGGAUAUUACAUCUCUGUAGAUGCUUUGUCUUCUACAUAUGACAAAACAUACUCAUGAGUUAAAGUGAAUAUGUAACGCGUCCUAUUCUAAGGAAUAAUGGGAAAAUCUUUAUUUCUGAUAAAAGGGACACUCCCAGUCUCCACUCCUUCAAAAAAUUGUUAAAAACCCACUGAUUCAUAAAAGUGUAUCAAUUAAACUGUUAAUAGCUCCUGACUGAUUCCUCUUCUGCAAAUGUCACUAGUCUAAUACUAUCCUUACCUUUUUGUGUAAUUUUACCCCACUCCCUCUAGCAUGUAAGCUCAUUGAGCAGGGCCAUCAACCCCUCCAUUACUGUGUGUCCAACUUGUCUGGUUACAACUACGUCUGUUCGUCCACCCACUGUGAAGCGCUGCGGAAUUUGAUGGCGCUCUAUAAAUAUCAUAAUAUUAAUGUUCUAGAGUAAGGGUUGUCAAACAUCCAUAAACAAGCUAUUCUCCAAAUUCAGGUAUCAUCUCUUGUCUCUGCUAUAUUCUGUUCUUCAAUUCUGUUUCCCACAUGUCCCAUGUUUGGUUGGACUUAGGUUUUAUUUUUGUUGUGCGUGUAACUAUAUAAUAUAAUUAAAAUAAAGUGAUAUAUUAUUUAGUUCUGUGGAUUCACUUCCAGUGGAAUUUGGAUUUUGAAUGCCACUUUUUAUUCAGUAUCUAUAUUUACUACUUUUUUUUUGCACAGCUUUUGAGCCAGCUGAAGGGAAAUUUGGAAGAAGAAAACCGGCAUCUCUUAGAUCAAAUACAGACAUUAAUGUUGCAGAAUAGGACCUUGCUGGAGCAAAACAUGGAGAGCAAAGAUCUUUUCCAUGUUGAGCAAAGACAGUACAUGUAAGUACCAGCAAUGAGCAUUACUAUUGUGUCUGGACCAUUGUGACUGUAGAAAUGUACUGAUUCAGAUCUAGCGCACCUGUUCUCCAAACUUAGACUAGGCUUCUUCUUCAGAGAACAUUGCGUCAUAGUUGGGACAUGAUGGAAGUCUUUUCGUUAGCCUUAGGUUAGCCAGUACGAAUUUGGUUGACAAGAUGCAUCAAUGUCUCCUGUGUCCACUAUUAUAUAGUUUAUCACUUUAUAUUUUAAGUUUGUUUGGGGUGGGCACUCUUCACCUACUGUUCCUGUAUAGCAAACAUGUUUUGUUGAAAUUGAUAGUUGGUCUUGUUUAGCUAUAGUAUAGCGGUGGGGGAGUAUGUUGGCGCUGUAAUUGUAAUUAGAUAUAUCUCAUUUUAGAGCCUUUUCCUUGCCUUUUCCUAAUCCUAAUUCCUUUUCCUAAUCCUCAGUAUGUUGCAUAUAUUUUCUUAAAUGUGCUUCAGGAUACAAGAGAGUGUGAGGUUUAUCAUUUGUGGAGCAAAAACUGUUUUCAGAUGGACCAGCUCUGAUAGCUGUUAGAUGGAGAUGAAUGCUGGGGUAAAAACAUUGUAAGUUAUUAUUUUUGUAGUGAUAAAUUGAACGAGCUUCGCCGUCAGAAAGAAAAACUAGAAGAGAAGAUCAUGGACCAGUACAAAUUCUAUGAGCCAUCUCCUCCAAGAAGGUAACUUAAUAAAAACUACAUGUGAGAAGUGGCCUGAAUAAACAAAGCCUAAAUGGUUAAUAAAUUCCUAAUUUUGCACGAUCUAUCACAAUGUUUCAGGAUCAGUUCAUUUGAAAUUAAUAAUUUAUUGAGCACUAUUUACAAAGCUAACGGUCUGUUUUAUAAGGGGCAAAGCCCCAAAAUGGUUAUAAUCUUACAUAGCUCUUUGACAAUAGCUCCUGUUAUUGAAAACUCUAUAAAUGUAUAAAGUCACAGAGCUCCACAUGUCUGAUGUGUGUGAUCUGAUCACCGAACUCCCUAGCAAUAAAGUGUGGUGUGCAUGCAUGCAUCUCAGAGCUCCCCAGCAAUUAGACUCAACGUGCAGUGUGCGUGAAUGUAUCCCAGAGCUCCCCGGCAAAAAUGCUCUCUGGAAUGUGCUGGGUGGGUGUUGGAAUGUAUCACACAGUUUGUAUUUAUCAUGUACUUUUUGUUUUUAUUGUAAAUCAACAGUGCAUUUAAAAAAAAAAAAAUUAUAAACUUGUCUUUAAAUUAUCUAAUUUGACAAUACGUUUACCAAUGUGCCCAUUUUUUACUAUCUGGUAUUUUUUCCCAUACCCUUUUUUAAUGUUUUUAUGUAAAUUUACCAACAUUAAUCAAUUAAUUUCACCUCUCUAACAUCCAUCAUCACACUGCAUUUGGUGGGUUUCUUUUAGUACACAAAGUUAUUACAGGGGUCCGUGUUUGAAUGGAGUUGAAGAGGUUGCAGUUGCUUGAUUAUAUGGGAUUCGGGGACAGUGAGCAGCUCACUUAUGUUUAGAAAUGUUUAAGUUUUAUUUUUAAUGAAAAUGUCUUUUUAAGAAGAGGAAACUGGAUAACGCUAAAAAUGAGAAAGCUAAUCAAGUCUAAGAAAGAUGGCAAUCGAGAACGUCUGAGGUCGCUCACACAUGCACCUUCUCGUUCGGAGUCCAGCGAAGGGUUCCUACAGCUUCCUCUGCAAGACAGCCAAGAUAGUUCAUCUAUUGGUUCAAAUUCUCUCGAGGAUGGACAUCCACUCGGUGCCAAGAAGAGCAGCAGUGAGUAUUAUGGUUUUGUCCUAUUAUCGAUCAUACAUCGGUUUCCCUGCAUUGAUUGCUCCAAGCUAUUGAUGAAUGAACCAUUGGGCGUCCAGCUGUUAUAUCAGCAUGGGAAACAUAGUUCUCAAAACCCAGACAACUAACAGUUCCCCAUCACAGCCAUUGGACAUCUAUCAGGCACUAACUUGAACUACUAUUCUAAUGAUGCUUUGUGAGACCCUGACUAAAAAGUCCUCAUGGGACACUUAGUCAUACACAGAAUUCAUAACUCUAUCUUCCACUAUUCAGUGGGUGAAUAUAAAUAUAUAUUUUUUGGUUGUAAUUUUAAUGAAUUCCUAAUGUUAAUAUAUAUUGCCUUUACUUCAAAAGCCACUUGGAAACAUGAUCUGUCACUAUCUUUAUCACCACUCUGUGCCAAUCCACUACUGUAGACCAUAUAUUACAGUUUAAGGGGUUACUCCAACCAAUGAUUUGAAGUGGUCAUGGUGGUAUGAGUAUGUAUGUGCAGUGUUUUAGCUUGAAACACUGCACAUACUGAGUAAUUUGCAAUUGUUUGCUGGGAGCUUGUUGCACCCCCAGCACACAUUACAUUGGCAGCCGAGAACUCUGUACCGGGCUGCUUAAUGUCAAUUCUGUGCAUACAAUAUGUGUCAUCAGUGCGCACUGCACGCUGCCAACAGAUGUGAUCUUCUCUUGGAGGCAGAGCGUCUGCAAGCGGAAGAUUGAUCUCCCUCGCAUGUGCUCUGAGCCAGCAAAAUGGUCCAGUCACCGGCUUCUUCAUGAGAAGCCUGUGAUUGGACCUGGAGCAUCUACCAUCUUGACACAAAGAGGCACGGAAAGCGGCGCUGGAUUCUAGGUAAGUAGAAGCUUUUUUACUUUUUUUUUUUAAAGCAAGGGGGGACCUAAAUUAUUAUGCCCAAUAGGGCACGUCCAUUGUGGGGAAAAAUGGUUAGAGUAACCCUUUAAAGACACCUUACAAUGUCGAUGUAAAAUGAAACAAUGAAGAUAUAUAGGGUAAAUCACGAGUCAGGAACCAUCCAGAUGACUGUAAGACACUGAAUGCAUUUAAGAUGGCUCUCAAGUGACGGAGGGGUAUUUAACAUAGAUCAUAGGUACAUCCAUUUGGUUAAUUAAAUGAUGCAAUGAUGGGCUCAAACCAACAUUUCUGCAGUUAUUGUGAGCAUAUAGAUAAUGGUGUCCGUUAUUUGGUUGGUUCUUGACUUUUAACUCUACUUCUAAAUUAAAACGGUGACACAUCUCUGUGUCUAGUACUCUAUCUGUAUUAUGCGAGGUUCAAAGGUUCCGUUCCCAUCCAGUCUUUCAUCCCUCCAAACUUGAUAAAAUAAGUAACAUUUAGUUGGGUAAGAACAAAUAUACGCUGGUUAUAGAUUGAAACUAGCAACAAAUGUUAUUCUACUCUUUUAUAAAUGUAUGUAUGUAUUUAUAACAAUGAUGUUUGUGUUUUCCUUCAUAUUUUAUUGUACACAAGGCUACUGAUAUACUGUCUAUAUUUAUUGCUCGUGUUAGUGAGGUAUUGGAUUUUGUCUAUUUUUACAUAUUGUUAAUGUACUCAUUUUCUGUCUUUGGCAUACAUAUUAAUUGUUCCAGAGCAAUGUAUGUCAUACACAUAUGUUUUAUAAUGUGGAUCUGCUGUGUAAUCAGUACGUUAACUUGUUCCUCAUGUGUAAUCUACUUCAGAGUUUUUUUUUCUGCUUUUUGAGGGAAUUCUUUUUAUGUCUUUGUGUGCGUUAUGUUUGCAUCAGAGAUAUUUCUUUAAGGAAGAAAAAGGUCACGUAUAGACAAAGUCCAGAGGAUGUUAAUCAAGCAGCAUUGUUUGAUAGUAACGUAUCUAGAGUGGAAUUGUCACAAUUUAGGUUCUAAUAAUUGAUAGCGUGUUUGUUAGUAAAAAGUUAGACUUAUAGUGUUGGGAGACCGUAAACAGAUGAAUUUAUAAAAUUAAAGGGACACUAUAGUCACCAAAGCAACUUUUGCUUAAAGAAGCAGUUUUGGUGUAUAGAUAAAGUAUCUGCCAUUUGGGCUUUUGUUUCUGUUUAUGCAGCCCUGGUCACAUCUCCCCUGGCUGUGACUGACACAGCCUGCAUGAAAACAAAAUAUCAUUUUCAAUCAGAUGGUAGCUUACUUUAAAAGUUUUUAUCUCCUGCUCUUUAAAUUGAACUUGAAUCACAUACAGGAGGCUCCUGCAGUUUCUAACAAUCUAUUAGCAGAGCAAGAGAUAAGAAAUUCUAAAUUAAACAGAAUUUGGGAAAAAAGGAAGUGUAAACAUUAGAUGACUCUGUUUAGGGAGGCUGUGCAAGUCACAUGGAGGACAGUGUGCAUAAACAAAGUGAUUUGGCUCCUUAAUGACAGAGAAUUGAGCAGUGACACUGCAGGGGCAUGAUCUAUACACCAAAAUUGCUUUGUUAAGCUAAAGUUGUUUUGACGACUAUAGUGUCCCUUUAAAUUACCUCUGCAGACUGAACUGGGUGAGUGCUACAGUGUUAAAUAGUUUUAAUUUUACUGCUCAAUAUGCAAAUACCUACCUUUGCUGUGAUUUCCAAAAGUUGUGUUCGUUCAGGGAGAGAAAUCCAAAUGCGUAUAUGCAUCUCCAGAACACAGAGGUGUGAAAUCUGGGCACAAUAGGGAGGGGCAAAGAGUGUGCAUGUCUGUGAUUUUGUUGCUUGCUGUAUGUAAAAAUCUUCUCACAGAUGUGUGUGAGACAGAUCUCCUUGAUAGAUCUGCCAUCUACACUCACAGCUAAAGGGAUUCUGUUAUACAUAACAGGAGAGUCCUGUUUUAAUGGCUUAUUUUGUCUCUACAUUCUGCCGUCCAAAUAAUUAUGUAAAUGUGUAUAUAUUGGCAAACUUUUCAAACAUGAAAUUGUUGUGUAGUUCCUGGCAGGUAAUUGGCAACCGUGAAUUUACUGGCCCAGAAUCCUCUGCAAAUUGCAAUUUAUUUAUUUCUAAAAUAUUUUACCAGGAUGGAUACAUUGAGAUUUCUCUCGUUUUCAAGUAUGUCCUGGGUCCACAAAACAUUGGAUUGUUACAAUAGGAGACAAUAUUACAAAUAUAUAAUAUACGGGAUUGCAGCAAUAGCCAGUUUAGCUCUUUUAACACGUCACAAUGGUGGGUAAAGUAAUUAAUUAAUUACAUUCUAGUACAAAGCGGCAGAAUGAAAUAUAUAACAUAUUAAGUUUAUUAAGGUGGGUUUGCGAUGUUGGUGCAUAAACGACACCCCCAUAAUCAAUGACCAGCAUUUGUUGCACUAUCUGUUUCCUUACUGUAGUGCUUAGGCAGGAUUUGUUUCUGUACAUGGCACAGAGGCGGGCUGGGACAGGGGACAGGGAGGCAAAUGCCCCCCAAGCCGCCCUAAAUCAGUUUAAAAACGGCCGCCUGCAUCACCAUCACCCCCCCCUCACACCAUCGCGCCCCCCCCUCACACCAUCGCGCCCCCCUCUCCCUCACACCAUCGCGCCCCCCUCUCCCUCACACCAUCGCCCCCCCUCUCCCUCACACCAUCGCCCCCCUCUCCCUCACACCAUCGCCCCCCUCUCCCUCACACCAUCACCCCCCCAUUUUGCAAAAGAAUGUCGUGGUCUACUGUGUCAAAUGCCUUGGUAAAAUCAAGGAAAAUAGCUCCAGUUAGGUCUCCUUGUUCCAUGCCAGUUUGGAUGUCAUUGCACACACACAUAUACACAAUCAUUCACACAUAAUUAAUUUAAAUUUGAAUUAUUUUGUAUUAUAAUAAUGUCCACCCAGCCUCCCAUUCCUACCUUUGCUGGGUGGAAAGCUGGAGUGGAACAUGAUAACUGUGGUCUCUGAUUGCACAGCUCCCAGCACUCUGUACUGAUACUAGGCACUGGGGUGGCAUCGCAUCCCCGCUCCCAGCCUCAGAGCAGGGUGCUCUGUACACCCCCUUGCAGCCUGCCACCCAGCGUACACCCACACCCCCUGGUUAGUAUAUCUUUACUACACAAAACGUGGUAUACAUUUAUAUCUAAUGUCUUGUUCUCACAUUAUACAAUAUAGCCAGCUGUAGUUUCCACUAAACAGAUCAUUACAUUUCUGGUUAUGAUUCAUGCAAAAAUUACAUCACCGGAAACGUGCUGCCUAGCAGAACCUUGCAGAUGGUUUUAAUAUUCACCAUAGACUCAGUUUCACACCGAAAAUAUAUAUUUAUAUUUUAUGUGGUCUGUCCCUUAAGAAUGGUUCAUAAAGCACUGCCCACGUCUGAGCAGUUUGGGGACCCUAAUAUCAGGCAGGCCAGGGCAUAAUGUUCUAGUCUGCCUUAGAUUAGUGUUGAGUAACACUCCCAAGUGAUACCUGCUGCCAUUUUAAUGAUGGCAUCCUAAGUAGCUGCUACCCAGAAUUGUAACUCCCACCAAUCUCAGGCAGCACGGUAACACUCCCCAGGAAAUUCAGUUCAAAGCCAUACAGUAAGGUGAUGCUUUACUUUUUGUUUUGUCCUACAUAACUAUUUUUAUCCAAAAGAGGCUAGGGGGUGAGUUCUCGUAGGCAUACCUUACAACUUUGAUAUGAAACUGGGACAGGUGGCGUCACAGGUGAUGCCUUUAAUGGUGUCACUGGUGGCUCACCCCACCCGUCAUGGAUGUGGGACACCAGGGACAAAACCAGGGCUCCAGAACUAGAACCUAAAAAUUGUGACUGUUAGGAGGAGCUGCCAAAAGUGGAUAUCCUGUUACAGGAUGCAGAGUAACUGGAUACAACAUAGAUUUGGGGAAGGGUUUGCUUCCUGGGUUACGUAGUGUGCUCACAGGUGUACAUGACUUCGCUGACCCUGUCCAUAAAGACAGAAAUAAAAGGAAAACCGUCAAAGGGCACAUUCUGACUUUAUAUAUAACCAAAAUAAUGCAGCUGGAUUUAAACCUGUUCCACUAAAGAGGCCAUAUACCGAUAGAUAUUUUCUCUGAAAUAAAAGUCUGCUUACACGGCAGUGUCAAGUUUAAUAAACCCUUAUCGUACUUACCCGAUUGCUGCAAUGCUUUCCUAUGGGAAUUUGACUGAGGCUGGAUGUCCUCAUGCAGAGCCUAUUCAUCAGGAAUUAGACUCUAGACAAAUCAAUGGUCCAGGAUUUAGGCAUUUUCCAUACCUGUUCCAGUGGAAAAACUGACUAAACUUGACUGUUCCAGUGCUUUUAGGCUGAGCAUGUUAAUGUAAGCAUCAUUUUUGGUGUGUGUUUUGUUUUGGGUUUUUUUAAAACACACACACACACACACAAAUAGUGCUUACAUUAAUUUAUUUUAAUUAUUUUCACACCACUGGUUGUACAUACCUUGUACGGGUAUCUGAAGGGUGCUUUCGUGGUUAUGGUGCUGGGUACAAAAAGAGGAAUUUUCAUUUAAAGAGGAGGUUAUGAUAUGGUUUAGGAUAGAUAUAUUAGAAUUUGGGGAUUUUAGAAAAGGGUCCAGCAACAUUAAUUUUAGGCAUUGCUUACCAAAUAACUGGUAUUUUAUGUAUCUGUCUAGUAAAAUAAAAAAUUUCACCAAUGCAGUACUUGUUUUUUUCAACAUAUUAAAAUAUCAAAUAAUCUAUAUAAAAAUAUUACAAUGUUAAAAUAAUUUUUAUAAUGUUAAUGUUUUUAAAAGUAUAUCCAAAAAUAAUAAAUUAUUUGGAAAGCUUAUGCAACAAUAUUAGUUGAAACAUUACGGCACAUUUUUGCAAUCCCUUUUCAAUAGUUUAAAGUUCAUUAAAUAAAGCCUAUUUUAAUUUAGUUCUCGAAGCAGCUGGGGCAAUGAUUUUCAGUGAAUUGAUUUUACUUUCAGAGCUACAAGCAAAUUUAGAGAUAAUUAUUGUUGUUGUUAUUAUUAUUAUUAUUGGCAUUUAUAUAGCGCCAUCUCCGUAACGCUUUACAAUAUUUUAAAAGGGGGAAUUUAACAAUAAAUGAGAUAAUUACAAAAUGUUCCAAGAACAAUAGGUCGAGGAGGACCCUGUUUAAGCGAGCUUACAGUCUAGAGGAGGUAGGAUAUAAAAACACCCCAGGAAGGGCCAAGUGGGGGGACACCAACAAAGCAACAUGUUUUAAAAGUAGCAGAAGAGAGGUCAAGAGUCUGGUUUGUGAAAUAGAAGUUGCUCUGGGAGGCCAUAAAGGUUGGUUCAACACAAAGUAGUUAUUUUUUACCUUUUGCCCAAAAAGGUAAAUGCAGAUGUAAAAAUGUAGAUGAUGAAGAACUCUUAAGAAAGUAGAUGUAUAUUAUUUUUGUAUAUAGGGAACUAGAGGGCUUAAUUAGGAUCUGAGCUAAUGGUAACGUUAUUUAAUGCAAAGAACGUAUAUUGAUGUUUAUACCAAAAAAGGGAUUGUGGAAAAUUAACAAUGACUUUGCAAGCUCUGAGACAAAAGACCUGUAAUUAAAAAAAAAUAUUCUCCAACUUGGCAUUUUUGGGUUAAAGUUUCCAAGUACUGGUCAUUUCUCAAUGUCUUCUGUGCUAGUAAACCUUGGUAUGUCUGCUUGAAUAAAUAAUGUUUUUCUCCAUAAUUUUGUAUUUUGAAAGUAAAAAAAUUAAUUUUAACAAAGUGGGAUGUAGCGUAAAAAAAUAAAUCCAUUGGAGAUAAAAAUACAUUUUUUUUAUAAAAUAGAGAGAAAUAUUAAUUCAAACUAGUGGCUUCAUUGUGGGAGUUUUACUAGUAAUCUUUAAUUUUACUACACACUUUGUCACAAGUGCCACUAAAACUGUGCAAUUGCAACAAUAAUUUCACAUAAUUUAGAGUCAUUUGAUUUUUAUUUUAUUUUUUUUAAUCUUCCAUUUUUUUUAAUUAUUUUUUUGUGAUGCUCCUCUUAAUUCCAAGUGUUCUCUGUUCAUUGUGAGACGUCCAUCUCAUGCCAUGUCCAUCCACCCUGGUACCAGUCUGUCUUUGUUUAGGAUUGCAUGCUUAGCUGAAAAUCAGACAUGAUCAUUUCUGUCUUUUGUUUCAGCAUUUAACUUCUUCCAUAUGUUUUUUCUCCCUUCUCUUUCCCAUUCCCCUGUUUUUUUUUUUUUUCCUGUUUCUUCUCGUUUUUGAUUUUUUUUCUUUCUUCCCAUGCUGUGACAUAAGUGGUUGCUCUGAAAAGGCUGCCUUUUAUGAGGAACAGACCGAAGGAAAAAGACAAAAUGAAGGCUCUCUACCGCCGCUCCGUGUGUAAGAAUUUAAAACAGUUCAGUUCUUCUCAACUAGCCGCACCAGCUUCCAUUACUAAUAUUUCACAAGCUUUCCCUGACUGCGCUCUUUAUCCUUCUGUGCAAACUCUGCUCCAAGGACUAUGAAUCUCAAAGGCUGGCAAUUGUCUGCUUCAUGGCAAGGGUGGGGCGAUUGGUUGGCCUCCGUGGCUAACUUUUUGGAGCACCUGCUGCAAGCAAAGUUUCCUGUGAUGCUAAGUCAGACUAAAGUACCAAAUGUAAGCCAUUAAAUGGCCAAUAACCAGGGACAGGCUGUAUGAGAUUACAACUCCCAAGCAGUGGUUGGCUGAGACUGAUGGGAAAUGUAAUCUAGAACAGCCAUGUCGUGCUGCAGAUUUUCUGUCCCUACUUGCAACUACCAUAAAAGUCAGCCAGACGAGCCAGAAAUUGGCGGUGGUUGCAGUUCCGUUAUCGCUGAAAAAUCCUGAGGUUAUUAGGUCCUGCUUUCAUUAUUUAAAAUGAUUAACUGUAUAAUAUAAGCAACAGUAUGUGGUAAAUUAGGAGGCUAUAAAACAAUUUUUUUUAAAUUUUUUUUAAACCCACUUUUGAUUUUAUAAAUUUCAAUUAUUUAUUUUGUUCACUUUAAUGCUUUCUAUGAAUUUUUUUUUUUAGUUAUUUUCAAUUUUACUAUUUUUUUUCAAACAGCAGUGCCUAAUUCAUGUUGGGGUAAUAUUUUUUUUUUUUGUUUGUUUUUUUUGCUUUUUAAUUGUUAUGGUAAAGCUAUAAUCUAUAUGAAGCACCGUUUCUAACACUACGACUUUGUGUAAGCUUUUUAUUCAGUGUUGUGCAAUACACUGUAUUCUUGCAGUAACCUGCACUGGCCAUGGACCCCCUUUCUCAUUGCUAAUUAAAAGAUAACUGGCCUGCUACCAAAGACGACUGCGUCCCAUAGCUGAGCAGUGUGUUACUUCCCUCUUUGGUAGCAGACGGUUUAACAUGCGUCUGCUAGCUUUACCAUGCCCUACCAUUUCAUCAUCUUUAAGCGACAUACCUUGUUUGCAAGCUAUGCUGCUCAUCACUGCUGGAAUAACAUGGCCUUCCUCCACAGCAAGCUUAAAAAGAAACAGUGCAAAAAGCCACAUGUUGUGUGCAACUUCAUGCGUGGCCUAGAUCACCCAUGCUUAUCAUUCUCAAAAGAAUGCAUGUUGUAUAAUUAAGUGGAUUUGUGAGUGCUAGCUAUAUGAGCUGCAGUUGGCUUCUAAUGCUUGAAUGGCUGUAAUACUAAAGUUGGCCACAAGAGACGCUGAAUGUCAUGCUGAUUCAUUUGCUUUCAUUUGCAUCCCAGCCAUGAAUGACCUGGUGCAGUCCAUGGUCCUGGCAGGUGGACAGUGGACAGGUAGUGCUGAGAAUCUGGAGGGUCCUGAUGAUGUUGCUACCGGGAAAAGGAGAAAUGAUUUGGGAUCUAUGGCCUUCUCCACAACCGCUAUCAACUUUUCAACUCUCAACCCGUCCAUGGGAUUCAGACCCAAGCUGAUACCUAAAAGUAAAGGUAUAGGCCGUGCCUUUCAUUUCAACUCAGAUAUGAUCCGUAUGUACAUAAUCACCUUUUUUACAUUUUUUGUUUAAUUUUUUUUGUUUUUGUUUUUGGGGAGGACAGGAUGUUUAAUUUUUUUUUUUUUUAUUGAUUUGCAUAUUUUAUUUUAUUUUUUAUUUUAUUAACCGCAUUUUAAAAUUUAGCAUCUUUCAUGUUAAUAACCAUCUAAUGUAAAAUUAUUUUAUGUGUAAUUUAAUUUAUUUUUCUUCUCAGAUCAUCUGUGUCGAUGAUUAGUUUUAACAACUCAGUGUGGUGGUGGUGUUUUUUUUAUAUGUUUGUUUUGUUUUUUGUUUUUUUGUGUAGGGCUGGAUGAAAUAUCGUUCUCUAUCUAA